AGGGCUCGUCGGAGGAGCCGAGUCGGGGCUGCCGCCUCCUUCCCAACAGUGGGAAGUGGGAACCAGCUGGGAGCCAAAGGGCGCCUGCGGAGCGCGCGCCCUUCCCGUCUCGGUGCGCCCUUUGCCGCGGCGGGGUUCGACGGGGCCCCGGUCCCUGCUUGGUCGGAGCCCUUCUUUCUUCUCCGCUGCCCGGAGGAGGAGGAGGAGGAGGCGGAGAAGGAGGCGGAGGCGCCUUUUCCCCGCCUCGAAGGGGCCGCCGAGCAGCGCGCCAAGCGGCUCCCCUCGCCACUGCGCCUCGCCGGACGAGACGCGCCACAGGCUCGGGAAGAAGGAGGGAGGAAGGAAGCGAGCGAGCGAGCGAGAGAGCCAGCCAGCACGGCUUGCUGCCUCUCCGCCGCCCCCGCCGCCGCCGCCCGUCCACGAUCCCCCGUGGGCGCCCCGGGCCAAGAGUCUCCCGCAGCCGCCAUGCGCCCCUCGCGGCCCGCCCGUCGGGGGCGCCGCCUCCUCCUCGCCGGGCUCUGCUAAGCGCCCGCCUCGCUUCCGCCGCUCCGCUCCGGGCAUGGCGGGCGCAGGGGCCGCCGCGCUGCAGCCGCCGCCUCCUCCUGCUCCCGCGGCCCCGCCGUCGUGGUACCACAAGGACCUGAGCCGCGCGGCGGCCGAAGAGCUCCUGGCCCGCGCGGGGCGCGACGGCAGCUUCUUGGUGCGCGACAGCGAGAGCGUGGCCGGAGCCUACGCCCUGUGCGUGCUGUGAGUGGCGGGGCGAAGGGAAGGGGGCGCGGGAGGAAGGGGCCCGGCUCCCCAAAACCCCCGGGUAGCUCGGAGCAGAGGCGCCAACUUGAGCAAAAUAUUUGGUUUUUUGGGGGGGAGGGGGCGCAGGGAAGCCUCGCCCCGAGGAAUCGAUCACCAGGCAUGGCGCACGCCCGCCCUUUGAAUGGCGGUGCCCAUCAACUUGGACCCCUCAAAUAUUUUAUUGGGGGCAAGCCGAGGAGUUGGAGACAUCCCCCCCUCCAGCCGUUGCUUCCGUGCUGCAGGCGGCCCUCGAGUCGUGCCGGGGGCCGGACGGGUCUCGCCCAUUCUGGCGGCUUGUGCGGUUCUGUGCCGGGAUCCCCCAGAAGCACUUUUCAGUCCAGAGCUAAAAAGUAUCAAGAUUCUCCAAACGCGCGACUUUUUAAGGGUUUGGAAGAAGAAGCGCUCUCACCAAAUUCCAAACCUGGGAUUUCACUUCUGAAGUAUGAGGUGGAGUUUUGGGCUUGAGGGUUUGGCGGUGCCGAUCCUCUCUCUGCGUCUUGUAAGGCUUUCCUGCCGGGUCUGAGUCGGGUUUCCCCGACUCCUGUGCGUACUUUCCUAGGAGUGAGUUCAGCGGGGCUUACUCAUGAGGAAGACUUGUCUGGGAGCGUGCUGUUAGACUAGUUAGCAUCUCUUGCUUGUCAGAUCUCCUAACUGUUGGCAGACAAGGUACUGAAGCCGUUGCAUGUCAUCUGUUGGACGCAGUCAAAUAUCACAACGCCAUUGCAUGCCAGUUUUUGAAGAUAUUGUCAGUUAACUACUGCCAAACGUUGAAGAUAAGUGAAAAGCUGGACUCAAAAUGUGCUUGGGACUUAAAUUCUGAGAUUGAAAAAAGAGAGAAUGUAUAUAUUUUACCCACAGAAGAAAUUUGUGCACAGUUUUGUAAUAUAAUAAUAUAAUAAUAAGCAAACGUUUUGUAAGCAAACAAGGUUUCAACUGGACUGAACAAUUCAGGGUUUGGGAAGAGGCCUGUGAUGCUUUGAAGGACUGGGGCUACACUUUUCUUUUUGGCUGGUGCUUUUAGGGAGUUCCUGUGUCCUGUGGCAAUAUCCAAUGUUCUCAUGCUCAGAGCAGACCCACAGAAAUAAACAGACCCAGUUAUUUUGAUCAAACUGCCUGCUUUGAGCCCUGUUAAUGUGGGAUAUUGCUCCUUAAAAAAAACCUCGAGCCUUUGAUUUGGUUCUGUUGAGUGGUGGAUGGGAGGCAGAAUUAAGUGCAAAGUGAGGUACAGUCUUCAAAAAGAGGCAGGGUUCUCCACAUCAGUACAAUAUAGGCAUUUUUGUGAACAGCCAGGAAGUGAUGCUGUUAAAACAACACUGGAAGUGAAGUUGCGAGGAGGAAAGUUCAGGAGGGCAGGACAGGCAGCCAGGCAACCGUCCAGCCAAGGAGGAUUUACUGCUGAGUAAAAGAGGUAUAGUGAUUUAAAAGUGCUUGCUCGUUCAUGUAAAUAUUAUAAAGCCUGGAAGCUGGUUAAUGCAAGGGCCAGAGAGGGACUUUGGGCUUUCGGGGACUGACCAUUCACUUGGAUUCUCCCAACUCCUGAUUGUGCCUUAAGCAAAUGAGUGGUCAAGGCAUGUCAGGAGGUGAGUGCCUGUGUGCCGUCUGUGUGAUCCUGAGGGUGCCAAAGCAGCCACUGGAGGCUGGGGUGGGGGGGUGAUGGGAUUUGUAGUCCACAAACCAUCUGGAGGGAACCAGCAGGUUAGCGGAGGCGGCUGUCGGAGAACAAUCAGUAGUGACCUCCUUUCCUUGGCUGCGCCAGAGCCUGUUAAUCUUCCUGGGGCGUGGGGUGGGGUGGGGUGGAGGUGCUUGUGUGGGUUGCCUGGAGGGUAACAGCUGGAACUCACCCCCGCACCUCCUUCUGCCUCUAGCAGCAGCCGCAUCUGUAUGGCAAGCUUAAUCUAUAACUGCCCUGGCAUUUUUCCCUGGGAGAUCCCUAAGGGAGGUAAGGUCAGAGCAGUUAACUGGUACAGUGGUACCUCGGGUUACAGACGCUUCAGGUUACAGACUCCGCUAACCCAGAAAUAGUACCUCGGGUUAAGGACUUUGCUUCAGGAUGAGAACAGAAAUCGUGCAGCGGCGGCAGCGGGAGGCCCCAUUAGCUAAAGUGGUGCUUCAGGGUAAGAACAGUUUCAGGUUAAGAAUGGACCUCCAGAACGAAUUAACUACUUAACCAGAGGUACCACUGUACUGUAAAGACACGGUGUGGAUUCAGAGUGGGGCCGUGGACCGAGUGCUAGGGGUUUGCAGAGAGCGUCUUUUGGGCGACCCCAAGUUAAACCACAGCCUUGUUGUUGAGAUAAAUUAGAUGAAGCUCAUAAAGCAGUUUGUGCAUCAUUUUUGGGUGGGUGUUCAUGGACACCAUAGUGCCUCCUUUUUUGCCUGUGAAUAUUAAAAAGCAAAACCCUUUGAAGGGGGCUGAUCCUGAUCAGUAAGGAGGUCUCUGCAGAACUGUCUGAAGCUGUCCAGCUGCAACCCCCCCCCACUCCCAGGAGAGCACCUGUCACUGUUGGAGAGGUCACCUGUCCCUGCACCUGCUUCUCCUGCUGCUAGCAGACAUGACAGCACCAGCUGCUGCCUUGCCCUGAGAUCAAGGCCUACAGCUGCGCUUUUGUGAGUUCCUGGAUGCAGUGUUAGAAACUCAGAUAUGUCAGCUAGGCACCCAAUGGCUCAUUAAACCAAGGUUAAAAAGGUAAAGGGACCCCUGACAGUUAAGUCGUCGCAGAGGACUCUGGGAUUGCGGCGCUCAUCUCUUUACUGGCCGAGGGAGGUGGCGUUUGUCCGCAGACAGUUUUUCUGGGUCAUGUAGCAAGCAUGACUAAGCCGCUUCUGGCGAACCAGAGCAGCGCACGGAAACGCUGUUUACCUUCCCGCCGGAGCAGUACCUACAGUAUUUGUCGUCCUAUAGGGCGCAAUGGCCCAUAGGAUGCACCUCGUUUUUUUGGGGGGGGGGAAUGAAUAAAAAAAAAUUAUUCCCCCCCGCCACGGCUGCCGCCCCAAGCCUUGCGCACACCUGCCCGAAGCAUGGGGCACCCUCCGGAGGGCUCCCCGUGCUUCGGGCGACAGGCUGCCGCCCCAAGCCUCGCGCGCUCGGCGGGACCUCCUGCCGGGCGCGCAAGGCUUGCGGACACUCGCCGGGGCUGCAGGCUGCUGCCCGCAAGCCUUGUGAGCCCGCGGGAACUCCUGCCGGGCUUGCAAGGCUUGCGGAUAGCUUCCUGAAGCCUGGAGAGCGAGAGGGGUCGGUGCGCACCGAUGCCUCUCGCUCUCCAGGCUUCAGCGAAAGCCUGCAUUCGCCCCAUAGGACGCACACACAUUUCCCCUUCAUUUUUGGAGGGGAAAAAGUGCGUCCUAUGGGGCGAAAAAUACGGUAUUUAUCUACCUGCACUUUGACGUGCUUUUGAACUGCUAGGUUGGCAGGAGCAGGGACCGAGCAACUCUGUCAUGGGGAUUCAAACCACCGACCUUCUGAUUGGCAAGCCCUAGGCUCUGUGGUUUAGACCACAGCACCACCCGCAUCCCUAAACUAAUGCUACAGUCACCCAAACAGAAUAUCUAGUUGCCAUUUUGGGGCAAGACGGCUCUAAAGUCUUUAUUUUUCAAAUGAUGGACUAACAUGAUUGAUUCUCAAUUAAACAUCUGGCAGGUUCGGAUGGCAACCUUGAGCUAGGUUAAGAGUUUUGAGAACUUAAAAAAGAAAAGUCACUUGAUCCAGGGACAGUCCACAUAUAUAUUGGUAAGUAUAGGGACACAGGUGGCGCAGUGGUCUAAACCACUGAGCCUCUUGGGCUUGCUGAUCAGAAGGUUGGCCGUUCGAAUCCCCACGGCGGGGGGAGCUCCCGUUGCUUUGUCCCGGCUCCUGCCAACCUAGCAGUUUGAAAGCACACCAGUGCAAGUAGAUAAAUAGGUAUCACUGCAGUGGGAAGGUACACGGUGUUUCUGUGUGCUCUGGCUUCCAUCACGGUGUCCCGCUGCUCCAUUAGCGGUUUAGUCCUGCUGGCCACAUGACCCAGAAAGCUGUCUGUGGAGAAACGCCGGCUCCCUUGGCCUGAAAAGUGAGAUGAGCACCGCAACCCCAUAGUUGCCUUUGACUGGACUUAACCGUCCAGGGGUCCUUCACCUUUACCUUUAUAUUGGUAAGUGAAGACAAGCUACAGCAAAUAACUUUAACGUUGCUCCCUGCUCCUGCUCAGGCUGCGCAGGAAAAGCAUUUUGGUUCCUGAAAUCCAUUCUGAUUGUGCGGAUAAAAUAUAACGGAUAGGAUUCUACAGGAUGUGGUAUUAGUGUGUGAAAACAGUCCCGAUCCAAGGAUCCCCAGCCAUGCGCCUCCAGAUGGUGGAGACAUCAGGUGCCAUCCUCACUCCUAGACAUCUUCACUUAGACAGGCCAUGUUCCACACACUGGCUCUACGAAAUAUUUGACAGGCUCCCUGGAGGAACAGGGAUCCUGGCGCUGGUUCUGCGCUUGUCAGUGGAGAGACAGUCCUCGCCCUCGGACUUGCAGUGUAAGAGGCGCAGCACAAAAGGAAAAGGGAUUGGGAGGGAGAAGGGGGGGAAUGAAUGCGAGCACAGUUGCUUGGUGGAGUUCUUGUGAUGUGCCGUGGCUCAGAGCAGAGCAGGUGCUUUGCAUCCAGAAGGUCCCUGGCAGCGUCUCCCAGUGGGGCUGGGAAAGAGAAACCCCAGGUAUCUCUUCUCUGCUAAUCUCUGCUAAAGCCCCUUUGUGCCAGGAGCCCCACUGUGACCAAUCAGCGGCGCGUCACCCAUCUUGUCUGGGAAACCACGUUAAGAACUUAGGAAAUUAUAAAUUAUAUGGAUGGAAAGAGCCCUGGAGAUGGGGAGGGGCACCUAAAGGUCAUCCAGCCCAACCCCUUGUCAGGGCAGGAAACCCAGCCCCACAACAUGCGGUACGUGGUAGCUUUCAGAGGCUGGCGAACGGGUGUGGAUAUUAUUUGGCUUUUCCGCCUCCGGCUUCAAAGCGGCUCUGCAGUGUCCUUUGGGAUAAAAACCAUUAUCCAGCAGCACCUACCUCAUAGUGUUGUUGUACAGGAAUGUACAGGAAUGUACAUAAUGUACAGGAAGCCCACGGAAAAGAGAGCAAGGCUGCAAAGCCUCGAGCUCUUUGGAGACAUUAAGUGAUAACAACAAUCUAGGAUAAGUGAAGAAUUAAGGUGCCUAAUUCUUAAUUAAGAAUUAGGCACGACACCCCUGUCCAGUGAGGGCUUAUCCCUAGAACCUAUCUGUAACAACAAGGGUCCUGGGAAGCAGUAAUAAGGGAGAGGUCCUUUGGACAUGUGCAGAGUGCAUUUCCUUUGCCCGUGAAGAAGGUCACCUUCCCACAGCUGAAAUUUGGAGGCAAGUCUUCUGUUCCAGAAGGAGGAGCUUCCAGGCAGAAAUGAAUUACUGUUUAUGCCAGGCCGUAUCCGUUGGUGAGAUUGUAUUUAGGAGCCCGUUCCUGUGGAACUCCCUUCCACUGGAGACCUGGAUUGGCUUCUGGUGGUCGGCACGAGAAAAGCUCACGUGCCUGCUUCUCACCGUCCCUGCCGUUAUACAAUUGGAAUGGAUUGUGCACACUGAAACAAUUGCAUCUUGUUUGGGCUACUGCGUCUGAAAACAGCCGCAUCGCAAAACCUCCAAAACGCUCCCCUCCCACACUGCUCAUUGCUUGGGCAGCCCUGACCUUGAGGCUAUGGUAUCAAGGAACCAUCGGACGUUCCUACUCCUGUGCAAACGGGCUAAGUAGUAGAAAUUUGUCUUGCUGCGUCUUCCCAACCACCUUGCAAGGCAGGCUUAAAGGGCCAGAUCCACAUUGCAGAUUGGUGCAUGGGCUGAAAGAGAGAAAACAUCGCCUAAGACCAGGGGUCAGAAAACUUUUUUCAGUGGGGCUGGUCCGUUGUCCCUCAGACCUUGUGGGGGGCUGGACUAUAUUUUGAAAAUAAAAAUAAAAAUGAAUUCCUAUGUCCCACAACUAACCCAGAGAUGGAUUUUAAAUAAAAGCACACAUUCUACUCAGGUGAAAACACCAGGCAGGCCCCACAAAUAACCCAGAGAUGCAUUCUACUCAUGUAAAAACACGCUGAUUCCUGGACUGUCCGCGGGCCGGAUUUAGAAGGCAAUUGGGCUGGAUCUGGCCCCCAGGCCUUAGUUUGCCUACCCAUGCCUAAGACCAUCGGAUGCCCAAGGCUUUGGGCUCUUGGCUGUUUUAUGCCAGUUCUGUGCCAGAAGAUGACCUUUAUUGGUAAUAACCUCGCCUGCAGCAUCCUAUAAAUUCCCUGUCAUGUUCACAUCCGAGUGGUAAAAUCUAUCUAUCUAUCUAUCUAUCUAUCUAUCUAUCUAUCUAUCUACAGUGGUGCCUCGCAAGACGAAAUUAAUUCGUUCCGCGAUUUUUUUCGUCUAGCGAAUUUUUCGUCUUGCGAAGCACGAAAUCCCAUAGGAAUGCAUUGAAAUUCAAUUAAUGCGUUCCUAUGGUCAAAAAAGUCCAAACAAAGCCAAAUUUGGUACAACAAGAGUUUAUUAAGUGCUCUUUAAAGUCACACAUACUGUAAAGAGCAUUUCAAAAAUUGAAGGAACAAUAAAUUAAGUUUCUAAACAUGACAGAAAAACAUUUAAAAAUCAACAAAGUGUACAGGUACAUUUUCUAAGACUCGGGGGACAACUCGAAGAAGGUUCCUCUUCCACUCUUUGCUUCUUGCUGAAGAACCCCCUCCUCAACUGUUCCCCCAGCCACCCACCACACAGAAAUUCAAAUCCAGAAUUUUUUUAAAAAACAGCAGAGUGGCCCAAUGGUCACAGAAAAUCAUAAAAAUGCAGAAAAAAACCACACAAGCUUCCAGAUUCUUGCAAACCCCUCCUCAACUGUUCCCCCAGCCACCCACCACACAGAAAUUCAAAUCCAGAAUUUUUUUUAAAAAACAGCAGAGUGGCCCAAUGGUCACAGAAAAUCAUAAAAAUGCAGAAAAAACCACACAAGCUUCCAGAUUCUUGCAAACCCCUCCCCAACACCAAUUCCUUGAAUUCCAAACACCCCAACCCAAAAUCCAAAACCCCCCAAAAAAGUUUUAAAAGUUUAACUUACCAAAUGGCUGCAAAAGAAGUUUUGGAAAAGCUUCAAAAAUCACCAAAGUCUUUAAAAACCUCAAAAAAGGCUACCAGACCGCAUUCUAUGAGUUGCUCCUCAAAGUCAAGUCGCAACUGUAUUAACGGUGUUAAGAAAAAGGAAACAAACUUGCAAGACGUUUUCGUUUUUCGUCUUGCGAAGCAAGCCCAUAGGGAAAUUCGUCUUGCGAAGCAGCUCAAAAAACACAAAACCCUUUCGUCUAGCGAGUUUUUCGUCUUGCGAGGCAUUCUUCUUGCGGGGCACCACUGUAUCUAUCUAUCUUGUCUGUCUGUCUGUCUGUCUGUCUGUCUGUCUGUCUGUCUAUCCAUCCAUCCAUCCAUCCAUCCAUCCAUCCACAGGGAUCAGGACUUCUGCCCCAUUUCUGUUGCACCAAGCCCUGAAAUGAAGAGGGAUGUUACUGGGAUAAUAUCUGUGCAUGAGCGUGUGAUCUUGUGUGUUUAAGAGGAGACCCUUCUCUAGUUGGUUUUGCUCCACCCGUCGUGUGUGUGCAAUAAUAUGGAUGUGGGGGGUGGGGUGGGGGGCGCGUCCGUCAUAAAUGAAAAGGGCGCAUUCCUCGGAUACAGAGUUAUCCGCCAAGCUCUGCGUCUUGUUCUGCUCUCUUCCGUAGGAGUCCUCCUUCCUCCCCUUGGAAUGUGGUUUCUGUUGCUUCUGGGAAGCGAGGUUUAAUCACCACCCUUGGCAGUAAUUGGGGUAAUUGGGUCACGACACCUACAGAACCUCCCUUUCCAUGCCUCCCGCUGCCCUCGUUAAGUUUUCAAAACAGAGCGCGCACCGACAGGUCUCUAUUAUUUUGCCUUCUUCACUCGCAGCAUUUGUUAUUUCUCCUCAGCAAAAGACGGGGUGGGGGGUGGGGAGCCUGGUCCCGGACUCAAAAGCAAAGUGCUGUGUUCGAGUCCCAGGCAGAACUUCACUGGAGCCCUUUAGUCUCAUGAUAGGAGAAACGUGGAUUAAGUGAGACAAAAGAGCCUUUAAUAUGCAGGAUGCAAAGUUACACGGAGUGCUUUCUCAAGCUGAGUAUUGUUGUUUUUAUAUACAGUGGUACCUCAGGUUACAUACGCUUCAGGUUACAGACUAAAAGUUUGGUAGUUAUUUUUCUCUUUGACACCUGGUGGGAGGGCGUUCCACAGGGCAGGUGCCACUACUGAGAAGGCCCUCUGCCUGGUUCCCUGUAACUUGGCUUCUUGCAGCGAGGGAACCACCAGAAGGCCCUUGGCGCUGGACCUCAGUGUCCAGGCUGAACAAUGGGGGUGGAGACGCUCCUUCAGGGAUAAAGGACCGAGGCCGUUUAGGGCUUUCAAGGUCAGCACCAACACUUUGAAUUGUGCUCGGAAACAUACUGGGAGCCAGUGUAAGUCUUUCAAGACCGGUGUUAUGUGGUCUCCGUGGCCGCCCCCCAUCACCGGUCUAGCUGCCGCAUUCUGGAUUAAUUGUAGUUUCCGGGUCACCUUCAAAGGUAGCCCCACAUAGAGCACAUUGUAGUAGUCCAAGCAGGAGAUAACUAGAGCAUGCACCACUCUGGUGAGACAGUCUACAGGCAGGUAGGGUCUCAUCCUGCGUACCAGAUGGAGGUGAUAAACAGCCGCCCUGGACACAGAAUUGACCUGCGCCACCGUGGACAGCUGUGAGUCCAGAAUGACUCCCAGGCUGCGCACCUGGUCCUUCGGGGGUACAGUUACCCCAUUCAGGACCAGGGAGUCCACCACACCAGCCCGCCCCCUGCCCCCCAAAAACAGUACUUCUGUCUUGUCAGGAUUCACCCUCAAUCUAGGGGACUAGAGAACCCUCAGGGUCCCUUCCAACUUUGUGAUUCUCUGGUCCACUGAAACCUAUAGCUGCAAGGUGCAGAUGGGGAAUUCAGAUGGUGGAGCCUUCCUGGAGUUAAAGCAAUAGGUAGAGCCUUGUGGGGUUUCAAUGCAAGCUAUCCAGAGCCUAAGAAAAAUGGAGAGCAGGUUGUUAAUAAAAUGUUUGUAUACACAGUACAUUUGUAUCUCGUUCCUUCUGGAUUGAACUAGGGUUUCCGAGUGCCAAAGCAGGGCAGCUGACGAAUGAAAUGGUGGUAUUAUUAUUACUAUUAUUAUUAUUAUUAUUAUUAUUAUUAUUUGUACCCCACCCAUCUGUCUGGGUUUCCCCAGCCACUCUGGGCAGCUUCCAACAAAGAUUAAAAAUACAGUGGUGCCCCGCAAGACGAAUGCCUCGCAAGACGAAAAACUCGCUAGACGAAAGGGUUUUUCGUUUUUUGAGCUGCUUCGCAAGACGAUUUUCCCUAUGGGCUUGCUUCGCAAGACAGAAACGUCUUGCAAGUUUGUUUCCUUUUUCUUAACACCGUUAAUACAGUUGCGACUUGACUUCGAGGAGCAACUCAUAGAAUGCGGUGUGGUAGCCUUUUUUGAGGUUUUUAAAGACUUUGGUGUAUUUUGAAGCUUUUCCAAAACUUUCCCGACACCGUGCUUCGCAAGACGAAAAAAAUCGCAAGACGGCAAAACUCGCGGAACGAAUUAAUUUCGUCUUGCGAGGCACCACUGUACAUUAAAAUGUCACACAUUAAAACUUCCCUGAACAGGGCUGCCUUCAGAUGUCUUCUAAAUGUCAGGUAGUUGUUUAUCUUCUUGACAUCUGAUGGGAGGGCGUUCCACAGGGCGGGCGCCACUACCAAGAAGGCCCUUUAGUAGCUUUGGGGGGACCUGAUAUUAGUAGGAGUACAACCUCCCCAACUGAAUUACCCCCAAAGUCCAAGGGUGGGACUUGGGUUGGGCAAUGGAUACCAGGAGGCAUGUCGUGUUGAGUGUCGGCUGCACAUCUGCACGCGUGAAAAGAAAUCAGUAAUUAUAAUAUCGAAGUUACAUAGGCAGCUGUGCAGCAGGUGUUUUAACCUAGGCUGCGUCUCCGUGGCCAUUUAUUCCAUUUCAUGACAUUCCCCCUACUGUUAAGGCGCUUUCACACCAGGUAACUGGAGCCACAGUGAAAUAUAGUGCAAGAUUGGUGCUCGUAUCUGUGCUGUUUGCUUCCAGGAAAAAAAUCCGUUUGCAAAAAACGUGGAAACGAGUUCUGAACAUAUGCUGUCAUUCCAGAAGUGAACUUUACCCUGCGUGAAAGCUCAAAUAUAAAUGUGGAGAUGCAAAGUUAGGGAAACGUUGUGAAAAUGAAAUCAGCUUUAUUUUUAAUCUAAUGUGGAUUGUUUGAUGUGCCUCUGAAUAUUCAGAGCUGCAAAUUCCGCUUGGUCCUGGUGUUCCUCCAAAAGAUGUAGAUUUCCUGCUCCUUUCUGACUGGCCAGAUUUUUAAUGGCCAGUUAUUUAUUUAAAUUGCGCCUUUAGUAAACAUUGUUUGCUUAUAUGGACUCAUUGCUUAUGGUAGAGAAAAGCUUUGAAACUUGUCUACAUGGAGCCAAGGAAGCAGAGGACUGCGAUGUGACGUGUCUCCCGUCAGAGGUUUGGGCUGAACCGAAUUCUUCUGGGGAAAGCUGGUCCCCAGCAGCAGUGGGGUUUGGGCCUCCCCAGUUCCCUCUGUCCUUAGCUCAUGCAGAGACAGAGGGACCCACAGGCUUGCUGUCACACCGCGAAAUCCCCCGAUAUAGCAACAAACACAACAGCACAACAGCAUCCCACCCGGGAGUUUGCACUAGAUCACAUUUGAGGCAUCCUUCCUGCUCUGUGCAUUCUAUCCUCUGAACACAGAGCGCAAAACUGUUGUGCAUAUUGUCUUAUGGCUAUUAGUAAUCUUAGAAGGACUCCCAGUUCUUUGGCUUUCUGGUUUUGUUUUAAAUAGCAAAUUGUGGCCUGUUCUUCCCACAGAAGCAAAAGCCUUCAUUCCCGCUGGAUUAUUCCUAUUUCGGCCUCCCCUCAAGAGCCUGCUGGUUAUAGCAGACUGAUGAUUUGUGGGUUUUUUUGUUCUUAAUACACACACAGCAUGUUUUCGUGUUUUAAUACAUGUGCCUUAAGCUUUCCUAGGAAAGGCGUGCACCCCCCUCCCCCGCCACUAAAUUGAGACCCCUUCCUGGUUCUUAGGCCUACUCCGAGUAUCCCUGUCAAAAUUAAAGGACAUGGUUAACUUAGGUGCAUUAAUGACAGUGGGCCUACUCUGAGUAGCUGGCUACAACCCCUUGUUUCUAAUGUUGUCCAAGCAAAUUUCUCCAGAGAGUCCAAAAGCAAAGCAGACUGUUUUCCCAAGGUACUCGGCUCCUGUAAAUGGAGGUUCUGUAUACAUGUUGUGGUUGAAGACCACCAAUAGACCCAUUCUUCAUGAGGAAGAUUUAUUUAAAUGAGACUCCAUGAACAGCAAUAAUAAUAAUAAUAAUUUAUGUCACUAUUAUUUUGGCGAGGGUGCUUAGCCACAAGGGAAAGGGAAUCAUGUACAUGUUCAUGUUCUCUUUGCUCCUACUUUGCAAGAUCCAUCGCAGAUGAAUCAAUUUGUGGCUCACGUCCUUCGGCCAGCCCUCUGCCCACACUUUCCAUGCUUUCUGCCAAGGCAAGAAACAUUUUUGAAUGGGAUUAAAACAGGAGGAGAUUUCUUGUUCCUGAGAUCCAACUCUGGCUGGAUCUUGGGCAGGGGAAUUUCCUCCAGGGUUCUGGCCGAAUCUCACAGGGGAAGGAAAGGUUUCUCUCCCUUCCCCCUCACCCCAGUUUCCUUGUGAACAUUUCAUUUCCUGGGAUUAAGAGGGAGGGAGAUCUGGAGUUGUGAUUAAGAGAAGCUGGUAAUUUGAGGCUCCCUUUGGGCAGCCGCAGCUGGACAUCUGUGUUGGUUGCCACCUAUGAUCACACUUGGACUCUUUAAAAAUAAAUCCCCUGUUCCAAGCCUGUUAUUUUGUUUGUUGUGUCCCAGGGAAGGGGUGUUCGCCAGAGUGUAAGUGUGCCCCAAAACUUAUUUCAGGGACAUUGCUUUUGGUCAAGGUUGCAACAGAAUAUGCAUCUCUGUGCAUGUGCAGAGAGGGUUUUUUUUAAAAAAGCUAUAAAUUAAUGCAAGGACGUGGGUGGCGCAGUGGUCUAAACCACCGUGUUCGAAUCCCCGCAACAGGGUGAGCUCCCGUUGCUCGGUCCCAUCUCCUGCCAACCUAGCAGUUCGAAAGCACACCAGUGCAAGUAGAUAAAUAGGUACUGCUCCGGCGGGAAGGUGAACGGUGUUUCCAUGCGCUCUGGCACUUGUCACAGUCCUCUGUACAGCAGAAGCGGUUUAGUCCUGCUGGCCACAUGACCUGGAAAGCGAGAUGGGCGCUGCAAUCCCAUAGUCGCCUUUGACUGAACCGUCCAGGGGUCCUUUACCUUUACCUUUUUAAAAAACAAAUUAAUGCAUUACUGAAUAAACCUUCUAGGGUUUAGAGGCCAGGGCUAGAGGCCGGGGUCCCAAGUCAGAGGGUGUGAUUUCAUGAGCCAUUGAACCCUCUUUCUGAAAAGGCAUUAUUUGUGUGUGUGUCUUCUGAAGAUAAUGUCCCUCUGUGGUUUGUGACUCUCCCAGCUCUGGAAGUUCUGCCAAAGUCCAGUCCAGGACAUCUCCUUGCAACCAAACCGACAUAAGACAGUUUUUAUUUAAGGCACCUAUUUAGUGGUAACAGAUAAAUGUUGGUUUGUUUCAGUGGGGAAUUUAUAUAUAGAUACAGCUGUUUUGCAUGUGACGGGUUUUCAGUUGCCUUUGAGAAAAUUGUGCUUUUAAAGAUAUGUUUACCAGUUCUGAGCCUGAAAGGCCCCCAGGCUAAAGAGCUCUUGGGGCCCCUCCAACUAUAAAUUUCUCCUGUUGCAAACCUCAUUGAAACCGCCAGGCAUCCCAGCUACUCUGGGUGAAGUGAGAGCGCCUGGUUCAGAGCGGGUGGGGACGCUUUUGCAGUUGUUUCAAACAGACAGCGAUAAUAAUGAGGCCGUGCAUUUUACGGGGAGCAAGUACCACGAAACGCAUUGCCUCUGUGUGUUCGCCAAAUACAUCUGAUUUCUGAGGCUCACUCUUUUUCCACUCUUGCCUUCGAGAACAAAGAAAUGGCUCAUAUAGAAUGUGAAAGGGCACGAAGUGUCUUGCCGCUGAGGCUUCCUUUGUGAGCCGCUGUUCUGAGCCGCUGACGUUUCUGCGGCCGUUUGGUUGGCUGUAAUAAAGGUCCUGGGGUUGUUCUGCGUGUUCCUUCAGAUGCAGGAUGCGUGGGUCUCUUCUGUUUAGAGGAAAGACCAGCUAAGAAGGGGCGUGAUGGAGGUUUGAAAGAUUAUGCCUGGCAUGCAGAAAGUGAGCAGAGAAAGGUUUUUCUCCUUUCCCAACACCAGAACCUGUGGACAAGCUGAAUGCUGGAAGAUUCAGGAUAGAGGAAAGAAAGUUUUUCAUGCACUGCACAGUCAGAUUGUGGAACUCCCUGCCACAAGAGGCAGGGAUGGACACCAACUUGGAUGGCUUUAAAAGAGGAUUGGAAAAAUUCAUGGAGGAGGCUAUCGAUGGCUUCCGGCCAGGAUGGCGCAGCUUUGCCUCCGCAGUCAGAAGCAGCAACACUUCUGAAUACCAGUUGCUGGAAACCACAGGCGGGGAGAGUGUUGCUCUUGUGCUCAGAACAGUGUUCGAAAUUCACCAAGCGCAUUUUGCACCUGGCUUUCAGCCUCUUGCGACCGAGUGAAGGUGCCCGGGCACUAGGAUGGUGCCUGGCGGCUCCACCAUCUGGAGGGAUCCUCGGAUCGGGACUGUUUUCACACAUUAACAACACGUCUUGUAGAAUUCUAUCUGUGACAUUUUAUCCGCGCAAUCAGAAUGAGUUUCAGGAACCAAAAAGGCGUAUUGAGAAAUAUGACUUCUGAGCUGUCUGGCCCCUAAAUGGCACUAGGCAUUGCAUUUUGGCGACUGUAACCCUGGUUUAUAUAUCUGUAACCCUGGUUUGUAUAUCUGAGUUUCUAACACAGGCGCGGAUCCCACAGCAUCCUCACCCCUUCCGCCCUGGCACAUAGGAAACUGCCUUAGCUCAAGUCAGGCCUGUAGUCCACCGAGCCCAGCAUUGCUUUCACUGACUGGCAGCUUCUCUCCAGGCAGGAGAGUCUUUCCCCAGCCCUGCCCAGGAACUGAACCUGUCGCCUUCUGAAGGCCAAGCGAGUGCUCUGCCGUGAAGCUGCAGCCUUGGCCUUACACAGCCCCCUCCCUACCACCCUGCUGAGGGUGCUGGGGGGGGGGAGCAAGUUAGGUCCCUGAACUGGGUCUGCCCACCCCCGGGUUAGCCUGUUGAGCCACAGCCUGAACAUUUGGGCACUUUCCUGUGGUUUAAACAAAACCCUUUUUUAAGUUCAGAAGUCCCAACAAGAGGUGCUUCUGUCUUGCUUCCUUGCAAGGAGAGAAGCACAUGCUCUCCUUUCUUGGCACUGGUCUCCCUCCUCUUCUUCCUCCUCCUCCUCCUUCUCACUGGCCUUUGGGUGUUUUUUUUUUGCAGGGACAUCCCAGUGUCUGUGGCUGGAAAACCGAUUUUCCUCUUGUUUUGCUAACUGCACCCAAGUGGUGCGGAAUGUGCCUGCUUCUGAAGGCUGCUCCGCAGUCCCCAGGAGGUUUUGCCCAGCAAGGAGGAACAGUCUAAGUCUUUUUCCCUUUUUUCCCCUUGCAGGAAUUUCAUCUGCUCCUCCCCCACCCGAACCACAGCCUUCUCCUUGGCAGCUGUUUGGGCUUUAUGACAGCAGCAGAGGGAGGGAGGCAGCUAUACCAGCUUAGAGCGCAGUUAUCCGCUCAGGUUGCUGUUGACUUGAGAAAAUUGUGUGCUCCUUAAAGCAAUGAUGCAGAAAGCUCAGCGCUUGCUAGUUUUGUGCGCGCGCGCAUGUGUUUGUUUAUAUAUACAGUGGUACCUCUGGAUAAGAACGGGAUCCGUUCUGGAUCCCUGUUUGCAUCCUGAAGCGAACGCAACCCGCGUCUGCGGGGGUCGCGACGCGCCGCUUCCGUGCAUGCGUGUGACGUCAUUUUGACUGCGCGAACAGCAAAACCCGGAAGUUACGUGUUCUGUUACUUCUGGGUUGCUGUGGAGCGCAACCCGAAAGUGCUCAACCUGAAUCAUAUUUAACCCGAGGUAUGACUGUACAGUGGGACCUUGGUUCUCAAGCUUAAUCCCUUCCGAAAGUCGGUUCCAAAACCAAAGUGUUCCAAAAUCAAGGCGCGCUUUCCCAUAGAAAGUAACGCAGAACGGAUUAAUCCAUCCCAGACUUUUAAAAACGACUCCUAAAACAGCGAUUUAACAUGUAUUUUGCUAUCUAACGAGAGCAUUGAUCCAUAAAAUGAAAGCAGUAAUCAAUGUACUGUACUAUAAAAUAAAUAAGACAGUAUUGUAGAUGAUAAAGAUUAAAAUAAUUUUCCCCCCUUCCCUGCACUGAUGAUAGUCACUGUUUGGAUGGAGGGCUUUUAUCCAUUUCCGCAGUUACACAAUCAAUUGACCAGUAGCUGAACACAGCUGAACAGUAGCUGAACACAGUAGCUGAACACAGACACAGAAACAAAUUAACCGAAAAAGCCUCAAAAACAAAAACGCAAAAUAAAUAGCAAAAACAAAAGCGCCAAACUUAAUCUUUUCCAGAAGUCGAUUUGACUUCGAAAUGUUCAAAAACCAAGGCGCAGCUUCUGAUUGGUGCAGGCACCCCGGAAACAAUAGCCGACAGCUGCGUCGGACGUUCGGCUUCCGAAAAACAUCUGAAAACAGAAACAAACUUACUUCUGAUUUUUUGGUGUUUGAGUACCAAGGCGUUUGAGAACCAAGGCACCACUGUAUAUAUAAGUUUUCAACCAUGUAUGAACAAAACAAGAAGUUUCCCCCGUUCCCACCUUCUGGUACGGAUGAAGAUCUUUGAUCCUUUCAGACAUUGGCCUGUCACUAGAGAACGAGGGAGCGGUUCUCUUUACCUUGAAUGUGUUCCCUUGCGUUCAUGCUUUAAUGCAUGCUUAGGGGCCCAGCUUUUGCAAUCUGCAUGGGUGACGACGAAUGAGGAAAUAAGGAAAUGCAAUGGAGAGAUUCCCUCUUUCAUUAAGCUGCAGUAACAGGGGCUGUGCCUUUGUGUGCUGUGAAUCCAGUCUGCUCCCAGGCAGAUACCAUCGCCACAGUUGUAGCCGCCCCCUUCUAGGAGGGUGGUCUCGUGUUUUUAGUUCCAGCACCAAAUUAGCGCUUAAAAGCCCCUUCGGAGGCACCAACCCAAGUCCUGUUCCAGAACACUUUCUCCGCAAAGAGCUUUUUGACUCUCUAGAAUAGCGGCAGCAGUUAUUUUAGGAAUGGCUGCAAGUUCAGGAUGCUACAGGUCUCUUUGGACAGCUGGUGGCUCCCAGCUAGGGGGUUGCAGAGAAUACACCCCCCCCACCCUGUGUUCUUGGGAAAACACACAUCUUGGGGAAGGGUGUUUUUUUUUGGGAUCUGAUUGUCUCCUUGCCAUCAUAUCCAGGGAUGGGAAUCGAAUCCCAGAAACUUAGUCCUUCUAGGGCAUGGAUGUGUAGUGCAUACUAUGAAGAGUGGAGUACCAUGUCUUGAGGCAGUGAGUUCCACAGGCAAGCAAAGGAUUUGCGAAAUAGGUUGGUUACCUUUGGGUCACUGCAUGAGACAGGGAACGGGCUGAGAUUGCUGCAGUUUGUUAAGGGCGAUGGGAAUUGUUAGGAGAUGCCGUCCCAGAGCUACACUUCCCAGAGUUACUGGUGAAGAGGGAUUGAUUGUCGAGCCAUCCUGGGAAAUGUAGCUCUGGGAAGGGAAUUGGGGGUCUAGGCCCAUUGGGUGUGAGUGUCACGGGCUCAUUUAUAUCGCGCAAUCAUUGUGCCCGGUGCUUUACAGAGUGCCAAAAGGUGGGUCCCCGCCCCUAGCUGCAUACAACUUAAAAUUGAACACAAGAGAGAUGGAGGUAGGGGCAAAGAGGGGAAGCACAUGCAGUCUCUGUUUCCCUUAUAUGUGCUUUUGCUUAGUGGCAGUGGGACAAGUGUCUCCAAUGUUGUGCCCUCCGGAUGCUUCAGGCUAUGGUUCCUGAUGCAACCCCCCAAAAAGCAACAACUGGAGGGCACCAGGUUGGGUAAGGCUGCUGUAAGGGUACAUGCCUUAGAGGAGGAGAGGCCUGCACAGUGUGAUGCAGCAGCAAAAAAAGCUAAUGCGAUUCUAGGCUGCAUCCACAGAAGUCUAGUGUCCAGAUCAAGGGAAGUCAUAUUCCUGCUCUAUUCUGCCUUGGUCGGACCACACCUGGAGUCCUGUGUCCAAUUCCGGGCACCAGAAUUUAAGAAGGAUGUUGACAAACUGGAAGGUGGUGGGCAGAGGAGGGCGACCAAGAUGAUCAGGGGUCUGGAAACCAAGCCUGAUGAGGAACGGUUGAAGGAGCUGGGUGUGUUCAGCCUGGAAAAGAGGAGACUGAGAGUGUAGCCAACUUCCGAUAUCUUCGGGGCCAUGGAAGAGCAGACCAACCAGCUUGUUUUCUGCUGCUCUAGAGGGCAGGACCCGAAGCAAGGGGUUCAAAUGGCAAGGUGGGAGGUUCUGACUAAACGUUAGGAAUGGUGAAAGCUGAUGGGCUCUUUCCUUCGUUGGAGGUUUUGCAGCAGAUAGUGGACGGCCACCUGCCAGAGAUGCUGUGGCUGUGAUUCCUGCAGAGCAGGGGUUGGACUAGAUGACUCUUGGGGGGUCCCUUCCAAUGCCACCAUUCUCUGAUUCUAUAUGUGGGCACCCCAGCCCCUCCCUCUGACCCCCAGCCUCCUUCCAUAAUCUGUGUCUCUCCGCUUUGGUUCCUUUGUAGCCAGAACUGACCCGCCACCCGUCUGCGGAGACAGAAACUCCCUGUUCUCUGCAGAGGCUGCCGCCUAAGCCGGGUUUCCCCCGCUGCUGGCUAAAGAUAGCCUCCCCCACCUCCUCCUUCCCUCCUCCUCCUCCUCCUCUGCCGGCAUCCUGGCUUGGGAGCCUGUGUGCUUUUCACUGAGUCACAGGCUGCGCGGUUGACGCUGCAGAGAGAGAGGGGGCAGAGAGGGAGAAUAUGUGUAUAUAUCUGUGUUCCUCCAGCACAGAUGGGAAAACAAACCGCCACUAUGCACUAUAAAUAGCUCUCGCCAGGAGGAAGAAAGAUGAACUUCAUUGCUGUGUCUGCAGACGCGCUUCGGGGCUUUAACUCUUUGGUGCAGAGGCCGAGGUGUGGGUUUCUUUCCAGAGAGGCUCUCGGCAAAUGCCUUAUCAUUCACAGGGCUGGCACAAGAAACUGCCUCCUGUACCAUCAGUAAACAAUCCGGCUGUGUUCUUAGAUAAAUAAGGUAUACUAUUCAUUGUUAAAGCUCUGGUUUUCCCAGUAGUGAUUGCUGGAAGAAAUAUCAACAACCUCAGAUAUGCAGAUGACACAACCUUGAUGGCAGAAAGUGAGGAGGAAUUAAAGAACCUCUUAAUGAGGGUGAAAGAGGAGAGCGCAAAAUAUGGUCUGAGGCUCAACAUCAAAAAAACGAAGAUCAUGGCCACUGGGCCCAUCACCUCCUGGCAAAUAGAAGGGGAAAUGGAGGCAGUGAGAGAUUUUACUUUCUUGGGCUCCAUGAUCACUGCAGAUGGUGACAGCAGUCACGAAAUUAAAAGACGCCUGCUCCUUGGGAGAAAGGUGAUGGCAAACCUAAACAGCAUCUUAAAAAGCAGAGACAUCACCUUGCCAACAAAGGUCCGUAUAGUAAAAGCUAUGGUUUUCCCAGUAGUGAUGUAUGGAAGUGAGAGCUGAACCAUCAAGAAGGCUGAUCGCCAAAGAAUGGAUGCUUUUGAAUUCUGGUGCUGGAGGAGACUCUUGAGAGUCCCAUGGACUGCAAGAAGAUCAAACGUAUCCAUUCUGAAGGAAAUCAGCCCUGAGUGCUCACUGGAAGGACAGAUCCUGAAGCUGAGGCUGCAAUACUUUGGCCACCUCAUGAGAAGAGAAGACUCCCUGGAAAAGACCCUGAUGCUGGGAAAGAUGGAGGGCACAAGGAGAAGGGGACGACAGAGGAUGAGAUGGUUGGAUGGUGUUCUCGAAGCUACCAGCAUGAGUUUGACCAAACUGCAGGAGGCAGUGGAAGACAGGAGUGCCUGGCAUGCUCUGGUCCAUGGGGUCACAAAGAGUCGGACUAAACAGCUAAACAACAACAAAUUCAUUGUAUCAAAUCAUAAAUUUCUACAGAAGUAACUCAUAAAGUAACUCACAAACAAACAAAGCAGAAGACACAGUGGAUCAGAUCAUUCUCUAGUCAGUUCAGGCAUAAGGUCCAUACAUGUAUACAGGUAUCUAUUCCACCUUUCUGUUCAUAAGGUCCAAACAAUCCACAGAAAGGUUGUUACAGUUCCACAGAAUCCUUUCGCAGAGUCUAAAGACAAGGAUUUCCAGAAUAUUGGCCUUGUUUUGCCAUCCUGGGCUUCAUCAGUAGUUAAAGCUCUAAGUAAUACAAAUAAAUACAAUAUUGUGAUCUCAGGCAUUUUACAGCAAAAAUAAUAUAAAACCAUAAAUACCUGUACAUACCAUAUGUGAUAUUACAGGACAGUGGAUCUUAUGGCAUAGUAGUAGCUGCGGUAAGCAGCAACCGUUACAAAGUAGGGUUUUUUGGACAAGUGCAAUAUUGAUGGAGUUACAGGUGUUGGCAAUCCACAGAUACAGUAGAUCUUUCUUAAAGUGACCCCUAUGGCAUAGCAAAAGUAAAACAAACUUAAUCCACGUUCAGAUGUUAUACAUAUAAACAUUAAUACUAACUCAUACAUUAAUGUAAAUAGUUUUUGGAUCUAGAGUAAUAGCAAUCCACAAAUGCACAAUUUAGUACUCAAAAUAAUCCACUUGGCCACAGAGGUGAAACAAACUCAGUCCAUGCUCAGGUGUUCUGCAUAUAAACAUUGGUACAAAUUCACAAAAAACCCCCACUAUAAUCAAUUUCAGUAUUCAGAAGAGGUCCAUCUCGCUCAGUGUCGUCAGCGCUGGCUGGCAGCUGCUUACCAGGGUUCAGGCAGGUGCCAGAGAUGGAGCCUGGGACCUUCUGGCCGAAACAGCUGCUCCGUAGAGUUGGAAGGGCUCCCUGGCGGUCAUCUAGUCCAACCCCUUUGCAGUGCUGGAGCCACAGCAGCUUCACACCUCCAGCUUCUGCCCAGGGGUGCUUGGGUGACUGUGAGGAGCUUGGGAUUCCCAGAACCUCCAAUUUUAGAACUUGAGGAGGACCCUGUUUUGCUUCAUAAGGCUGGUUGCCUCCAUCUUGCUGCUGUUGGAAAGGGACGGAUGCCGUUGCGCUUUCAUUUUUCGUGCCUGGCAGGGAACGGAAGCAGAAAGCCAGACUUCACACCUGAGUGUCUGUGGUUGAAUGUUGCAUCCUCUCGUUUAAACCUUUUGACUACAGUUGCUGCUAUUAUACUGCUGGGUUAGGGCUCCUAGCAGGAAUUCUCCUUUUGCAAAAGGAAAAAUAAAUAAAAUGAAAUGAAAUGCUUUGCCAUUUGCUGGUAAAAAACAUUUUGAGGUAGAUGGCAAAGAUGCCCGUUUUACAGAUGAGAAACUGAGGCUGGAAGAAAAUGACUUGCUUGAGACCAUUUUACAGUGGUACCUCUGGUUGUGAACGGGAUCCAUUCUGGAGGCCCAGUUGCAACCUGAAAAGCCCGCAACCUGAAGCAUCGUAUCUGCGCAGGUGCGUGGCGUGAUUUGGCGCUUCUGCGCAUGCGUGAGCAGUGAAACCCGGAAGUAACCCUUUCUGGUACUUCCGGGUCACCGUGGGACGCAACCUGAAAAGACGUAACAUGAAGCAAACGUAACAUGAGGUAUGACUAUUUGUUAAAUGAUUUGUUUACUUGUAAGAUUCCUUCACUGCUUUUCACCACGAGGUCCUGAGGUUAGAUAACAAGAACCUACAAAGAGCCUGCAGGAUCAGGCCAGUGGCCCAUCUAGUCCAGCAUCCUGUUCUUCAAGUGGCCAAUCAGACGCCUGUGGGAAGAACGCCAGCGGGACCCGAGUGCGAGAUCACCCUUGGUUUCCACUCAGAAGCAUCACCGGCUCCAACCAUGAAGGCAGAACGUGGCUGGGAGCCUUCAAUAGCCCUCUUCUCCUCCAUGGAUUUGCCUCAUCUAGGUUGGUGGCCAUCCCUGCCCAGGUGCCUCCAAGCGAAACCUACAGGCAGGAUUCCGGCACAAGAGCAUCACUCUCCCCUCCUGUGGUUUCCAGAAACUCAGAAUCCUCCGGAAAAACAAUCUCUCAAAGGACCUGUUGAUGGCAUUUUACCAUUGGACUGUGGAGAGUGUAUUAACUUAUGGUCUCUGUGUGUGUGGUUUGGGAGCUGCACGGCCAGGGAAAAAAUAAUGCUGUCCAGGGUUGCAAAGACUGCGGAGAGAAUAAUUGGGUGCACUCUUCCCACCUUGGAUCAAAUCUACGCUUCCAGGUGUCAUAAGAAAGCUGCAGAGAUAGCGCAGGAUAGUGCGCACCCCGGAAAUGAUCUCUUUUCAGCUUCUGUCUUCUGGAAGAAGGUGCAGGGUUAUAAAGACUUAGGACUAGCCACCUCAGAAACAGUUUCCACCAAAAUGCGAUUUUGGUUUUGAAUGCAGUGUAAGGAGUCUCCAUGGGAGUAUAUUGUAUUUAAAAAUGGGGUAUCAAAAGUUUUUAGGGGACCAACCAGAUUGGGAUAGCUGGGAUAGCAGGCUUGUUGGUUUUUGAAUGUCUUAUGUAGAUUUUUCAAUUUUGUUGUUCUGUAUGACAAUGACAAUAAAGAUUAUUGUAUCGUAACUGGCAUUCGGAAGCAUCGCUGCCUCCAGGGAAGAACAUUGGCAUCCCGGUUAGAAGCCCUCAAUGGCCCCCUCUCUGCCCAGCUUUGGGCCUCUUCUGCCCACCUGGCUUUUCCUUGCGCCGCGAAGGCAGUGUGGGGACCAGGGUCAUAGGCGUGUGGGGUUGAAGACAUGCUGUGGCUUCCCCUUCGAGACGAGCCCUGCCUUGAUUUCUGGGAAGGGUGAUGCUGGGACCAAGAAAAUGCACCACAUGCAGAGUGAAGGCCUCCCUUGGGGGAACCAGAUGCAGUCAUGUGGGCAGAGGGAUGGAGGAAGGAGCGAGUCACGCAAGCGCAUCUCCUGCCCGCCUAGCAGAGUGUGGCAGGCUGCCCCAGUCUCUUUAUAUCUAUAUCACACUUUCAAGAAAUAUAUCUGUGCUCAAAGCAGCUGACCUUAAAAAACAAACACACUCCAGUCUAAAUACAAUAACCCCGUACAUCAUGGGUAGGCAAACUAAGGCCUGGGGGCCAGAUCCGGCCCAUUCGCCUUCUAAAUCCGGCCCGUGGACGGUCCGGGAAUCAGCAUGUUUUUACGUGAGUAGAAUGUGUGCUUUUAUUUAAAAUGCAUCUCUGGGUUAUUUGUGGGGCAUCGGAAUUCAUUCAUAUUUUUUUCCAAAAUAUAGUCCGGCCCCCCACAAGGUCUGAGGGACAGUGGACCGGCCCCCUGCUGAAAAAGUUUGCUGGCCCCUGCCGUACAGGAUCAAAAGCAUAUGAUAUCAUUAUAUCAGUGGUUAUGAUUAAUACCCAGUGGCUUCUGCAGGGGGGGCUGAGAGAUGCCCCCUGCCAGAGACCCCUGGAGGACAGCUGCCGGUAAGUGUAGGCACUGCUGAGCAAGGUCACUCGAAGUAGGGCUUCCCAGACCUGGGUUUGCAGCUGUUUUGGGACUACAGUUCCCAUCAUCCAUGACCACUGGUCCUGCUAGUAGGGAUGAUGGGAGUUGUAGUCCAAAAAACAACAACAGCUGGAGACUCAAGUUUGGGAAACUAAGCAUGCAGAUCACUCCUGAGAUUAUAAGAACAUGGGAGGAGCCUGCUGGAUCAGGCCAAUAGGGGCCCGUCUCGUCCAGCAUCCUCUUCUCACAGUGGCUAACGAGAUGCCUGUGCGAAACCAGCUACCAGGAUCCGAGCACAAGAGCAACUCUCCUUUUCUGCAGUUUCCAGCAACUGGGAUUCAGCCAUGGAGGCAGAGCACAGCAGCCCGCAGCCCACUCUUCCUCCACGAAUUGCUCUAAUCUUCUUUUCAAGCAAUCCAGUUGGGGUGGCCAUCCCUGCGUCCUGUGGCAGGGAGUUCCGCAGUUUAAGCUAGGCGCUGUGUGGAGAAGGGUUUCCUUUUCUCUGUCCUGACUCUUCCGGCAUUUCGCUUCCUUAGAUGCCCACCCACUUAAGUGUUACGAGAGAGGUCUCUGCCCGCCAUCUCUGUGCCAGGCAUCAUUCCACAAACUCCUUAUCGUGCCUCCUCUUUACUGAUGGUGGAAACAGGGACGCUCUUGGCGCAGCAGCUCCUUGCGAGAGGCGUGCUCUGCAAAUGCGCAGGAGGCUGCGAGGCAGCGUCCAAAAUAGCCCCAGCCUGCAUGGCGCAGGCUGGUAAUCCUGCCCCGAGUCUCCCAGCCCUACAUGUGAACUCCAAAGAGAUUGGUGUGUGUGUUAGAGUAAACAGUCCCGCGAUCCGGCAGGCUCUCUUGAUGAUGGUCUGGGUCAUCCUUGGGAAACAGCCUUCGUGCACAGGGGACCUUUGUCCCUCUCCUCAGCUGCUCUGCUGGGCUGACUUCUGGAACGGGGCUUCUCUGUCUGCUCAGGAUUAGUCACUGGACCAGCCGUAACCCGAACCUCAAAGCGUUGGCGUCUGGUGCUGGCGGCGUCCGGCGCUCAGCCCAAAGGCUCAGAGAAACCGGAGCCUGUGGAAUGCAUUUGCUGUGCAGGACUGUUCCUGGCCGGUGGCCCCCACCCCCCGCAAACGAGGCCUUGCCGGGCUGGAGACACACGUCCGUAAGGCUGCCAGGGGUGUCACAGUUGGUGGCAGAGCAGGCGUGACAACAUUUGAGGCCUGGAGCCGGAAAAAUGAAUUCUUGCAGGUGGGAUGAGGCCAGAGCAACCUUUCUCCCAACCUGGGACUCUCUGGGUGUUGUUGGACUACAACUCCCAUCAGCCCUUGCCAUGGCAGUCGUGCUCCUAUGAGCCUCAGCACCAUGGCUGUGCUAGCUGAUAGGAGCUGGGGGCCCAAAACGUUGAUGCCGAAAUCCAGCGUCGCCUGAGCUCUGCGAGUGUGGCUUUCUCCCGAUUGAAGUGCAGAGUGUUUGAGGACCGGGACAUUUGCAGGGAAACCAAAAUGCUUGUUUACAAAGCUAUUGUACUACCAACCUUCUUGUAUGCUUGUGAAACGUGGACCACUUAUAAAUGCCAUCUCCAACUCCUCGAAAGAGUCCAUCAAUGGUGUCUCCGAAAAACUUUACACAUCACUUGGGAAGACAGGCAAACUAAUGCCAGCGUACUGGAAGAAGCAAAGAUCCCCAGUGUCGGAGCAAUGAUUCUUCAACAUCAACUUUGUUGCACUGGUCAUGUUGUGCGGAUACCUGAUGAUCGUCUUCCAAAGCAACUACUCUAUUCCGAACUUAAAAAUGGAAAGCGUAAUUCUGGUGGUCAACAAAAGAGAUUUAAAGACUGUCUCAAGGCAAAUCUAAAAAAAUGUAGUAAGACCACUGACAAUUGGGAAACACUGGCUUACGGGUGCUCCAGUUGGAGAAUAGCCUUGACCAAAGGUGUCAUGGGCUUUGAAGACACUCGAACUCGGGACACAAGGGAGAAACGUGCCAAGAGGAAGGCACGCUUGGCAAACCCUCACCAUGAUCAACUCCCGCCCAGAAACCAAUGUCCCCACUGUGGAAGGACAUGUGGAUCCAGAAUUGGCCUCCACAGUCACUUACGGACUCACUUUUAAAACCGUGUUUAUGGAAGUCAAUUUUACCUGUUUAGGGAAGCUUUUAAUGUUUAAUAGACUCGGGGGGGGGGGGACAGGCCAGGGCAGAGCAGGUAUUUGAGGAACUGCUAGGCCUUGUGUCCAUCACAGCAAGCAUGGCUAAUGGGCAGGGAUAAUGGGAGUUGUAGCUCAACAAGAUUUCCAGGGUCGAAGGUUCCCCGUUCCUGCUGUAGAGUGGGGCUAGUUUGCCUGUUCGUUGCGAGGCCCCUUGGGAGUGUGCAUGGUUUAUCGUUGCUCACGCAGCGCCCCCAAGUGCUGCAGCUCAGGGAAGAGGGAAGAGAUACAGGCACUCAUAAUAAUAAUAAUAAUUCAUUAUUUAUUCCCCAGCCACUCUGUGCAGCUUUCAACAGAAUAUUAAAAUACAAUAGUCUAUUAAACAUUAAAAGCUUCCCUAAACAGGACUGCCUUCAGAUGUCUUCUAAAAGUCUGGUAGUUGUUGUUCUCUUUGACAUCUGGUGGGAAGGUGUUCCACAGGGCGGGUGCCACCACCGAGAAGGCCCUCUGCCUGCUUCCCUGUAACUUGGCUUCUCGCAGCGAGGGAACCGCCAGAAGGCCCUCGGAGGUGGACCUCAGUGUCUGUGCAGAAUGAUGGGGAUGGAGACCCUCCUUCAGGUAUGUGCAGAAUGUCAUAACCUUGGCACUGCCAGUCAAAGAUAGCAGGUCAGAGAUGCUUGAGAGACACCUGUCUCCACCAGCGAUGGUGGCAAUUCUGUGUUAGACUCCCCGCCUCUGCAGGCAGAAUGGCAACCGUUCAUUUAGAGGAGUGGAGGAAGAAGGGGGCUGUACCCCUUACCUCCUAGCACCCUCCAGUUAAUCUGCCACCCCUUUGGGAACGACAGAUCUAGAGGGCAAAGCGGUUUGGCAAAGCCGAAAGUUCUCACAUGCAAAAAAGUCCUGUGCUGUGUUUCUGAAUACCAGCCUCUGGAAACCGCAAGAGCAAGAUAAAGCUGCUGUCCGUGUCAAGUCCUCCUUGCUGGUUCCGCACAACGGUCAACUGGUCGGCCACUGUGAGAAAGAACAGGAAGCUGGACUUGAUCCCUUUGGCCUGAUCCAGCAACCGGCUGCUCUUUUGUUCCUGCUCUUUCCUUUCUGCGGGGCAGAUUCCCGCUAGAUUGCGGCCCCAGCCACUCGCCGGCAGCUUUGCUCCCGAAGGCCCUCAAUAACCAGCCGGAACAAAAGCGGUGUUGCAAAAUGGAGGCCGCAAAAAGAGCCUCUUUUGCCGCCUGCCUAAACUCUGAAGGCUCCUAAUAAGAAUUCGAGAGGCGCAAUGGAGAGCCUUUGCAAAGAAGAUAGUUACGAGGCUUUUGUCCCCUGAAGGGUCAGCGAGACCCAGGCGUUUUUUGGCAGGCUUCCCUGUUGACGGGGGGUGGGGGGGGUGGGGGGGGGAGGAAGGAGGAAUCGGCAGCUUCGGAGAUGGGAGGAAUUUCGGGUUGGAUGUUUUAACUCGGAGACGUUUCGCAGGAGCCAAAUUUGAGCUUGUGCUGGGGUGCUGACUCAGAGCUUGCUGCUGAAUCACCAUCUCUGCUUCCUGUCUUGAGUGGGUGUCCUUUUCUCAGAAGACACUUCUCCUUCUGCUUCUGAAUUGUAGGGGGGGGGCGGGCCGACUGCAAAAGCAGCAGCCCUGCAUUUCCUGGGGUCAGGUGGGGACGACAGCGGUUCUUUUCUCUGAAAAGAGUCGUGUGAUGCUCUGCAGCAGGCCAGAGGGGGGUGCUUUUACCAGCUCGGUCUGCUUUGCCAACUGCAGCCGUUCCUGGGAGACCCUGACCACACACUGGCUACCUCAAGGCUGGACUACUGUAAGGUGCUCUUUGUGGGGCUGCCCUUGGGGGCUGUUCGGAAGCUCCCCCUGGUGAAGAAUGCCGCUGCCAGAUUGCUGAUGGGAGCUUCUAGUCAAGAACAUGUGGCCCCAUUGUUGAAACAUUGUAUUUUAGUGUUUUGUUAGAAGCCUCCCAGAGUGGCUGGGGAAACCCAGCCAGAUGGGCAGGGUAUAAAUAAUUAAUAAUAAUAAUAAUAAUAAUAGUACCUCAGAGAUCUCCUGAACCCUGACAUCCCAGCUUGAUCACUGAGAUCAUCCGCACAAGCAUCUCUCGUUGUGGGGCUCGUUUGACAAUAACCACCUUGGAUUAAAUCUACGCUUCCAGGUGCCAUAAGGAAGUGGCAGAGAUAGUGCAGGAUAGUGCGCACCCUGGAAAUGAUCUCUUUCAGCUUCUGCCUUCUGGAAGAAGGGACAGGGUUAUAAAGACUAGGACUAGCCGCCUGAGAAACAGUUUCUAUCCAAAUGCAAUGCUGGUUUUAAAUGCAGUGUAAGGCGUCUGUAUGGGAGUACAGUGGUACCUCUGGAUGCAAACGGGAUCCGUUCCGGAGCUCCAUUUGCAUCCUGAGUAGAAUGCAACCCGCUUCUGCGUAUGUGCGUGACAUCAUUUUGAGCGUUUGCGUGAGUGGCGAAACCCGGAAAUAACGCGCUCCAUUACUUCCGGGUCGCCGCAGAGAGUAAAAACGCUCAAUCUGAAGCAUAUUCACCCCGAUGUAUAAUUGUAUAUUGUUUUUUUAAAUGGGGUAUCAGAGUUUUUAGGGGGCUAAACAGGUUGGGAUAGGUGGGAUAGCAGCUUGUUGGUUUUUGAAUGUCUUAUGUAGAUUUUCAAUUUCGUUGUUCUGUGUGGGACGGUGACAAUAAAGAGUAUCGUAUCGUAUUGUUUCGUUUGUGGAAACUUAAGGAGGCGGAAGUGCUAACGUAGAAUGGGGUGUUGCUUAGCCAUAAGGCUGGGCCUCUGUCGAAGAGACGGACUUGCUGCUGGGUCCCCUGGCUCAGUGUAUUCCGCCUUCAAAGUUUGCCGGGGGUGGGCAAGAUGACCUUUGGUGUCGUACAGUUCUAUGAUUCUGUGAGGGCCAGAGGUCUCAGUCCCAGCCUUGCUGCUUGAAAUCCCUUUUUCUUUCCGAAUGGGGGAGGCUGGAGGCUGCACCUUGGAGCUUCCGCAUGCAGAGCAGCUGAUUUGCUGCUGAGCUAGGAGGCUUCCCUCUCUCUAAAGCUGUUUUGGAGAAGAAAAUUGGGCCGCAGGGUGGAUGCGGCACAGGGACACAUCCUUCCCUUUGCCACGAGGGUUUUGUGUACACUACACAGCCGCCAACGCCCUUGCGCCUGAUUGCCCUCUCUCUGCAUUUCUCCUCCCGAGGCUGCAAGCUGGUGCCAAUUAUUCAUCUCCUUUGCCUGCUGAAUAAUACAUUCACCUGUGCAUUAAGUGGGGGCAGGCUGGCCUUUCCCUGGUCAGGAGAGGAGAAAGGAGAAGGGCGUAAUUUUCAGCGUUCGGGAACCGACUCCCCGUCUCUCUUUCUCUGAACUUUUGCAGAGAUCAGAGCUGUGAAUGUCACCUUGUCUGCCGUUGCCUUGCAACAUCGUGGUUUUCAUUUGGCUUCGAGCAAUCAGCGGCGGAAGUGCCUUGUGUGACACGGAAAAUUCAUUAUACCUGCGAUCUUUAAUUUGGCUCGUUGAAGAAGAUAAUCGUCUCAGUUUAUUUGUUUUUUUGCUCCGUUUCCUGAUGCAACUAGUGACCCCAUUCCUGCCAGGAAACUUUUGCCGCCUUGAGUGGCUGGGAGAAUCUCGUCAGAUGGUUGGGGGGUGGUAUAAAUAAAAAGGUAAAGGUACCCCUGCCCGUACGGGCCAGUUGUGACCGACUCUAGGGUUGCGCGCCCAUCUCGCUCUAGAGGCCGUGAGCCGGCACCGUCCGAAGACACUUCCGGGUCACGUGGCCAGCGUGACGAAGCUGCACUGGCGAGCCAGCACCAGCGCAGCACACGGAAACGCCGUUUACCUUCCCGCUAUAAAGCGGUACCUAUUUAUCUACUUGCACAUAAGAGUGCUUUCGAACUGCUAGGUGGGCAGGAGCUGGGACCGAACGACGGAAGCUCACCCCGCCGCGGGGAUUCGAACCGCUGACCAUACGAUCGGCAAGUCCUAGGCACUGAGGUUUUACCCACAGCGCCACCCGCUGGGAGAAUCUGGUCAGAUGGUUGGGGGGUGGUAUAAAUAGUGAAAUUAUUAUUUGCCAAGCUGGUGCCUGCAAGAGGGAGCCGGGUGCGAGAGAACGCUCCUUUCCUGCAGUUUCCAGCAACUGGUAAUCGUAUGCAUUAGGAAUAACUUUCUGAUGGUAGGAACCAUCAGAACUUCCAAUUCUACAAUUCCAUGAUUCUAAAAGCGGCCUUUUGUUUCCGUUCAGCUCUGUGACAGGGGUGAAUUUCCCCCUUUGCGGUGUCUGCAUCAGAGGCCAGCCCUGUCUGCAGCCCAGCCCAAGCUUCCCAGCCCCGAUAAUUUUAACGUUUAGCUAUGCACAGCGCUUGUGGUUUGACUCUCAUUUGCAAGGACGUGUCGGGUCCCCGAGCGAUGUGUUUUGCAUAUUCUGUUUUGCAUAAUUCACGCAUGGUGCUCCAAAGGGCCAGAGAGUCUUGCAACAGCAGCUGCCCAGGGUGAAGCUGACUUGCAUGUAGUUAAUCUUUGGAACUCCCUGCCCCAGGAGACAGCGAUGGCUUUAAAAGAGGGAUGGAUUCAACUAGGAGGGCUGUGUUCUUCCUCCAUGGCUGGAUGCAGCGAUGCUUCUGAAUCCCAGCUGCUGGAAACCACAGGAGGGGAGAAUUGGGUGUUGUGUUCGAAUCCUGCUUUUGGGUUUCCCAUAAUGGGCAUCUAGUUGGCCCCUGUGAGAACCGGUUGCUGGACUUGGGGUGUCACUGGCCCAAUGCAGCAGUACUCUUAUUAUGUUCUUGAUCUGCUGGAGGUCUUGCCUUGCUUUCUCCUCCUCCCUCCAGCAGCCAGGGUAUAGCACAUCGGGAGCGAGAGGCAGGGUCUUUUCGGUUGUGGCUCCUGAGUUGCGACACAGAGAAGUUCAUCUGCCCCUCCCCUUUUUAACUGGUCUCUGGAGACUGUGCUCUUUCAGUGGGUAGUUUAUAAAAUAAUAUAUAGAGCCCUGCGGUCGGGGUGUGGGCAGCCUUUCGGCCGCUUGGCAAUGCUGGACUCCAGCUCCCAUCAGCCCCAACCAGAACAACCGUAGGAUGCUGGGGCUGAUGGGAGUUGUAGUCCAAAACGUGGGAGGGGGUGGCCAGGUUGGCAAAGGCGUAUUGCUUUCUUCCCUGAUGUGCUGUUUUUAUGUCAAGCAGCAAAGACUAAACCCAGGCACACAUGUGGCAAGAGUCUUUGACCUGCAGGUUUUUUUUAUUGUUUUCAUUUGUGCAAUUGCUUCUUACGUGUUUUUGCACUGUAAAUCGCUUUGAGAUGCCUCGCAGAAAGCAAUUUAAUAAUAAUAAUAAUAAUAAUAAUGUACACCCACUUAAAAAAUAAAUAAAUCUCAGGGUGGUUCGCAGAAUAAAGUACAAGAUAAAAAUGCAAGUUAAUAAUUAUAACAAAGCCCAAAGAAACAGCAACCGCCCCCUUCCCACAGACCCAUUUAAAAGGCUGUAGAAUAUUAAUCUGCCCAAGGCCUGGUGGAAGAGGAACAUUUGUGAGUUUGUAAGAUCUAGGCAGUGCCUCUGAGUGUGUGUUUUUUCUUCCUGGGGUGGUGCUUUUAAUUUGCCCCUGAUUUAAGCGCAACCCAUCGCAAAUGUCCGGAGAUCAGGGUUGUCCAGAUCAGGGUGUGUGGUGGGUUCAUGUAAGGGAGAACGAAGCCCCAAAACUUCCCAUUUUAGGGAGUUGAGUUCUUCUAUAGCUUCACCGCAAUAGUCAUCCCCCUGUUUUAAAUCUCUCUUUCUCUCCCCCCCCCCAAUCCUUUUGUUGUUGCCAUAGAUUCCAGAAGCAUGUCCACACCUACCGGAUCUUGCCGGACGAAGAGGAUUUCCUGGCCGUGCAGGUGAGCUCCGUACCUCUUGCCGCCUCCUUUUGCAGAGUUUGUGUAGAUUCCGUUGCUUCCGGUGACGGUUGCGCACAAAGAUCUGUGGCUAUAUGUACCCAAAACGCUGUUGUUUGUUCCUGGAUAGAUUUCACUGCACGCUUUUGAAGGAAAUGGGUUCAGGGAGGGCAUAAGCAGUUCCAGUAGCAGGGGAGAAUCCUGAAAUCAGUUCUAAAAGACGAAUGACUCCUCACGGUACACCAGCCUUAGAGGCGCACUCCCAAGAUGUUUCGAACUACCCUUCCCAUCCGCCUCACCCAGCAGCGCCUGCUCCCAUCAGCUUCCCAGUGUCACAUGGCAAGUGGUACCCAGGAAUUAUGGGGGUUGUAAUCUGGAACUCAUCUGCCACGGAUGCUUUGGCUGAAAUUCCUUCAUUGCAGGGGGUUGGACUAGAUCAGGCAAACUUGGCCCUCCAGAUGUUUUGGGGCUACAACUCCAUCAUCCCUAGCUAACAGGACCAGUGGUCAGGGAUGAUGGGAAGUGUAGUCUCAAAACAUCUGGAGGGCUGAGUUUGCCUAUGCUUGGACUAGAUGAUGGGGGGGGGGUCCCCUUCCAAACCUGCAGUUCUACGAUUCUGUGAUUCUAUGAAGUCCAAAAUGGCGUAAGGCUGCUGUUCAUUAACAAUGCAGUUCAAUGGGACUCCCUGUUAUAGAAUCAUAGAAGCUGUAGAAUUGGAAAGGGGACGCCCCCCCCGAGGGUCACCUAGCCCAACCCCUGCAAUGCGGGGAUCUUUGUGCCCAGUGUGGGUUUCGAACCCACAACCCUGAAACUAAAGAGCCUCAUGCUCUGCCGACUGAGCUAUAUAACCGUUUUAACAUUCAGGGCAAUGUUUGGCGACGUGCGGAGUGGAAAAGAAGGAGGCUCUUGCCCAGGGGUUUAUGCCCAGCCCCCUUGGCUGGCGAAGACAGAAGGUUGGGGGCUGGGUUCCACGCUGUGCGCCUGUGAGCGCAGGCCGGGAGGUCCCCUGGGACGUGAGCGACGCUUCUCCCUCCUGACCGCGGAACGGGUGUCCCUUUAGCCCAGCACUGUCUCCAGGGCAGAGCAGGGGUUGGCAGGAGCCCUGCAGAUGCCCACACACUGCUGAUCUUGGCAGGAAGUCUGCCUGGCUCAGGCGAUGGUUCAUUUAUAGCACUACAGUAACCUCAUUGUGCCGUCCAAGCCGGCAGGAAAAAGUGAGCCCUGGAGGGGGGGGCUGCUGAAAGGAGGACAUUCCCCAGGUCCAACCCCCCCCCUGCUGCCCAGCUUGUGUUGCAGAAUCCUAAGCGAGCCCAGGAGCCUGCCCUCUCUGCCUGCGCCACGGCUGGGGGAAAGGGGGCGGGGGGGUUUGCAGUGGGUGCUGGUGGGGGGAAGGAAAGCUUAUUCCCUUGCCUGGGAUGGCCCCCAGCUGCCAACUGAUCGGAGUGGCUUCUCCCUGGCCAAACAGGGAAUUCUCAGCAGGCAUUUCCUGUUUUGUGCUCCAGAGGUUGGCGAGGCUUUUAAAUGGUUGGAAAUCAGUUCUGUAAGCCUGUCUGUGUCCAGACCGCCUUCGGUGGGUGGGUGGGUGGGCGGUGCGGAGAAGCACACAUGCAUCGGCAGGGGUUUGGACUCUUGGGGUACCCCCCUCCCAGUUCUGUGAUUCUAUAUGGCGCCCAUCCCUGCAACGCUGAAAUAAUCUCAGUUCGUUGCACAGAAAAGCCAGCUCUGUGGCUUGAAUAAGCAGCAGCCUCUGGUCCUUGGCUUGUGGGAAGGAAAAUCUUCUUCAAAGAGGCACUGAUUCCACCCCCCUCUGCUCUUUACACUUGGCUUUUGGAGUUAUCCGGGCACUGCUUGGCCUCACUGCUUCCGUUUGCAAGCUCAGAAGGGCUCAGAAUUCGCUUUCUGUAUUAAAAAAACAAAACGGGAAGUGCAGAUUCUCAGAGCCGAGCUGGUCCCUGUUUGCCAAGGUAAUGAGAAAACUGCUGAGGGUAUUGAGUAGGGAGGGUGCUCAGCCUUUCUCUCCCCCCCCCCAGCAAGUGACCCUCACCACCAAUUGGUUUCAGAGCCUGGUUGUGGGAGAAAGCUUUUCAAAACAACCUUAAGAGGAUUUGGGGGGGAAGGAUUGUUAGGGUCUUAAAUUUGCAAGGGAAUAAAUUAAUUUAUCUAGAGGUGAUUUUUUGGGGGGAGGGGUGUGUGUCACGAAGAGGGGUUGCUGAUGUUUUAAUGUAUUUUUAAUAUUUUGUUGGAAGCUGCCCAGAGUGGCUGGGGAAACCCAGCCAGUUGAGCGGGGUAGAAAUAAUUUAUUAUUAUUAUUAUUAUUAUUAUUAGGCAGUCUGAGGUUUAGACCCCCCUUCCUAAAUGCAGACCACCCCCAUCUAGAGAUGCCCAGGAUUAGAGCAAGGGGCGUCUCUCUUGCAUGGCCCCCACCACUGAACUCUUCCCAUGUUCAUGGGUUGAGUAAAAACAACCUUUAUCAAGUGUUUUCACUUUAGUGGGGUUGAAACUGCUGUGAAGCCCUCCCAGUUCAAUCCUGUCUUCAUAGGCACAGGUUGCGCUGAAUUCAGGUCUUCUCCCGCCUUGGGCGACCUGCCAGAGGUGUUUUGUGAUGGAGCUAGGAGCCCUUUUGCAGUCACAAGGCACAGACUGAUCUUGCGGCGACUGACCUCUGUCACUUCCUGGUUCCUGAGCAGUAGCUUCUGUCCUCCUGAUCUCCCCCCAGCGGUGACGCUUGUGGGCUGGCAGCGGCGCUCGAGGAAGUCUGCCUGUGACCUUUGUGCCGUGGGAAUCUCUUUGGCUCAGAGCACGGCCUCGGGGACAAAGGGACCUGGUGGGAGGUGUCGUGCCAAACAUCCAGGGUGGGGAAGAGUGUUGUGUUUUCCGCAUGAGGUUCAAGGAAUUCUGCUAGCGGUGAAAGGGUAGAAUUAAGGGACAGAUAAAUGGCUCUGAUACUUGGAGGUCCAUGCCCAAACUUCCUCAUUGAUGAUACUUCUCUGUCUGCCCUGCGUUCAAAAUGACUGGUGGAUUAUGAUGGACAAAUUUUGCAUUACAGUGGUACCCUGGUUCUCAAGCUUAAUCAGUUCCGGAAGUCCGUUCCAAAAUCAAAGCGUUCCAAAACCAAGGUGCGCUUUCCCAUAGAAAAUAAUGCAAAAUGGAUUAAACCAUUACAGACUUUAAAAACAACCCCUAAAACAGCCAUUUAACAUGAAUUUUACUAUCUAAUGAGAUCACUGAUCCAUAAAAUGAAAGCAAUUAUCAAUGUUCUGUACUAUAAAAUAAAAAAGACAGUACAGUGGUACCUCGGGUUACGUACUUAAUUCGUUCUGGAGGUCCAUUCUUAACCUGAAACUGUUCUUAACCUGAAGCACCACUUUAGCUAAUGGGGCCUCCUGCUGCCGCUGCACCGCCAGAGCACGAUUUCUGUUCUCAUCCUGAAGCAAAGUUUUUAACCCGAGGUAAUAUUUCUGGGUUAGUGGAGUCUGUAACCUGAAGCGUAUGUAACCUGAAGCGUAUUUAACCCAAGGUACCACUGUACUGUAGAUGAUAAAAAUUUAAAUUAUUAUUAUUUUCUUACCUGUACUGAUGAUAGUCAUUGUUUGGAGGGGGGGCUUUUAUCCAUUUCCGCAGUCACGCAAUCAAUCAGUAGCUGAACUGGGUUCCACACAGUCACAAAAACAAAUUAACCGAAAAGGGAGGGAGAACAACAUUUCUUUAUCCGCUUCCUCUGUGCCAAGCCUCUAUCAUGCUGCCUCUUUCUUGCAUUUUCUCCAAACCUUAAAAUCCUAAACGCUGCGACCUUUCCUCAAGGGGAAAUCGCUCCACACCCGCCCUCAAUCCUCCUUUCGGCUGCCGUUUUCUGAACCCUUUCCCAACAUCCUUUUUGAGGUGAGGCAACCAGAACGUCUUUCUCUUUGCCUUGACGGGUCCUGCUCCCUCCUUUCCCUGCAGACAUCUCAAGGCGUCCAGGUGAGGCGGUUCAAGACCCUGAGCGACCUCAUCACCCUCUACCUGCAGCCGAACCAAGGCCUCGUCUGCACGCUGCUCUUCCCUGUGGAACGGGAGAAGGACAAGGAGAAUGUGGAGGACAGGGACUACUCAGGUACAAACACACCUUUGAACCCCAACCCACAGGUGGUCGAUCUUGUCUGCUCCCCUCCUGAAAGCCCUUUGCACCAACAGGGACAGGAAGGCCCUUACCUUAGGGCAGUGUUGGCCAAACUUGGGUCUCCAGCUGUUUGGGGACUACAGCUCCCAUCAUCCCUGACCACUGGUCCUGUUAGCUAGGGAUGAUGGGAGUUGUAGUCCAAAAACAGCUGGAGACCCAAGUUUGGCCAACACUGCCUUAAAGGUAAAGGGACCCCUGACCAUUAGGUCCAGUCGUGGCCGACUCUGGGGUUGCGGCGCUCAUCUCGGUUUACUGGCCGAGGGAGCCGGCGUACAGCUUCCGGGUCAUGUGGCCAGCAUGACUAAGCCGCUUCUGGCGAACCAGAGCAGCGCACGGAAACGCCGUUUACCUUCCCACAGGAGCGGUACCUAUUGAUCUACUUGCACUGUUUUCGGCACCUGCUAAAAAGCACUUUUGUUCAGACAAGCCUGCCCACGUGUUUAGGAAGCUCGUGUGAGUUUUAAUCUACUUUUAGUUUAUUGGUAUUCCAACUUUCCAGAUGUGUUAACUUAUUCCUUCCUGAUAGCUUUAUUGUUUUGGGGUUUUUUUGUAUUAAACAAAACAACAACAACCCUGCCAGCCCACACACUGCAGCUUGGUGAUCCUGUUUCUGCUGACCGUUUGCCUUCUGCCUUCCACAGAUGGGGAGGAUGAGAAGCCCCCACUGCCUCCCCGAUCGGGAUCCACCAGCCUUCCUGUUGGCAGCACUGCCGCCGGCCUGGCUAGCAACGCCCCUGCUGUGCAGGACGGGGCACUCGAAAGGUAAAUAAUAUCCCUUCUGCAUCUCCGGAACUCCCUGCCACUUGACAUCAGCCAGCCCCUUUUGCUUUACUCCUUUCGGCUAAAAACAUUUUUGUUUAGCCUAUCCACAAAUCCUGAUAUGUUUUUAAUUUAUUGCUGCUUUUAAAUUUUUAAAUUGCUCUUAAUAUUAAUUUGUUUUUUAUUUUAUUAAACAGCUUUGAGGGGUUUUUUUUAAACAAUCAAGUGGGGUGUGUGUGUGUGUGUGUGUGUGUGUGCAUAUAUAUAUAUAUGUGUGUGUGUAUAUAUGUAUAUAUAUAUAUGUGUGUGUGUGUGUGUGUGUGUAUAUAUAUAUAUAUAUAUGUGUGUGUGUAUAUAUAUAUAUAUAUAUAUGUAUACACACACACACACACACACACACACACACAAAUAUAUAAGGGGUGUGCACUGUUGUAUAUACCCCAUGUGAGAAUGUGAGUCUCUGCCAGUGGGGUAUGCUGGGGGGUUUUUUUUGCUGCCCACCCCCCUUGCAGAUGUUGGUGUUCUUCAUCCUCCAGUACCGACUGCCCCCUUCCCAAAUUUGACCAGGUCCCUUUUAUCUCCCCCUUUAGAUGUGAUGCAAGAUUAUCUAAUUGCGAAAUGUACCACUGAAAACGUACUUAUCUAUUUGUUUCGUUUGUGAACUGCUUCCCAUAAAACGGCCUGGUGCAAUUUAACAUGCACCGAGCCCCCAUCGCUCUCAGCACCAAGUAAGAAUGUUGAGAGAUUCAAUAUGCAGCACAGAGUUAAACUGUGGAACUCCUUCCCACAAGAGACAGUGAUGGCCACCAAUUUGGAUGGCUUUGAAAGAGGUUUAGACAAAUUCAUGGAGGAGGAUUAUCAAUAGCUACUAGCCACGAGCAGCCCUUUUGGGGCAAGAAUAUCCAGAACACCUUUAUUCAAAAUGAUUUUAUCUUUUUGAAUUUUGCUUUGUUUUUAAAUUGCUUUGAGACCUUUUUUUUCCCCCCAAACAAAGCACUCAAAACAAAAAUGAAUGAAUGUAUGAUAAUGGGAAAGUCGCCUUCCCCUCUGCACCUCUGUUAUAUCGUAAGAACCUGAGGGGAGACCUGCUGGAUCAGGUCCACAGGGACCCAUCUAGUCACAGAAUCAUAGAAAUGUAGAGUUGGAAGGGACCCCUAAGGGUCAUCUAGUCCAACCCGCCCUGCAAGACAGGGAUCUCAACUAAAGCGUCCCUGACAGAUAGCCACCCAACCUCUGCUUCAAAACUGCCAAGGAAGGAGAGUCCAGCGUCUUAUACUGUCAGAAAGUUCUUCCUAACGUUUAGUCAGAAUCUCUUUUUCUUGCCACUUGACUGCUCAGUUUCAGGGUGUUCUCCCCACCCACCAUGUGUUGGGAUUCUAUUCCACCUUUUGCUGCAGAUAUGUGGAUUGUUGCAUGUCACAUGCCUGUUUACAUUCCAGCACGCCUUCAGGACUCCCUGGUCCUGAAUGGGGCAACUGUGCCCCUGAAGGACCAGGUGCACAGCCUGGGAGUCAUUCUGGACUCUCAGCUGUCCAUGGAGGCGCAGGUCAAUUCUGUGUCCAGGGCAGGUGUCUACCAGCUCCAUCUGGUACGCAGGAUGAGACCCUACCUGCCUGUAGAUUGGCUUGCCAGAGUGGUCCAUGCUCUAGUUAUUUCUCGCUUGGACUACUGCAAUGCACUCUAUGUGGGGCUACCUUUGAAGGUGAUCUGGAAACUUCACUGAGAUCCAGCACUGAGGGCCUUCUGGCAGUUCUCUCAUUCUGAGAAGUAAUGUUAUAGGGAACCAGACAGAGGGCCUUCUCGGUAGUGGCACCCGCCCUGUGGAACUCCCUCCCAGCAGAUGUCAAGGAAAUAAGCAGCUCUCUUAUUUUUAAAAGACAUCUGAAGGCAGCCCUGUUUAGGGAAGUUUUUAAUAUUUAAUGCUGUAUUGUUGUUAACACUCGAUUGGGAGCUGCCCAGAGUGGCUGGGGAAACUCAGCCAGAUGGGCAGGGUAUAAAUAAUAACUUCUUGUUGUUGUUGUUGUUUGUUGUUGUUAUUGUUAUUAUUACAACUAAUCCAGAAUGCGUCAGGUGGCCUGGUGACUGGGAGCGGCCACCAAGACCACAUAACACCGGUCCUGAAAGACCUACAUUGGCUCCCGGGGCUUUUCCGAGCACAAUUCAAAGUGUUGGUGUUGACCUUUAAAGCCCUAAAUGGCCUUGGCCCAGUAUACUCCACCCCUAUCGUUCUGCCCGGACACUGAGGUCCAGCUCUGAGGGCCUUCUGGCGGUUCCCUCACUGCGAGAAACCUAGUUACAGGGAACCAGCAGAGGGCCUUCUCGGUGGUGGCACCCACCCUGUGGAACACCCUGCCAUCAAAUGUCAAGGAAAUAAACAACUACCGUAUUUUUUGCACCAUAACACUCACUUUUUUCCUCCUAGAAAGUAAGGGGAAAUGUCUGUGUGUGUUAUGGAGGGAAUGCCUAUGGGUGGCAUGCCUACGGAUUUUCCUCCUCUAAAAACUACGUGUGUGUUAUGGUCGGGUGCGUGUUAUAGAGCGAAAAAUACGGUAUCUGAUUUUUAGAAGACAUCUGAGGGCAAUUUAGGGAAGUUUUUAAUGUUCGAUCUUUUAUUGUGUUUUUAAUAUCCUGUUGGAAGCUGGGGAGGCCUGACCAGAUGGGCGAGGUAUAAGUAAUACAUUAUUAUUAUUAUUAUUAUUAUUAUUAUUAUUCCUCUUCCAGCACCACCAACGGGCUCAGCACCGUUUCCCACGAGUACCUGAAAGGCAGCUACUCCCUGGACCUGGAGGCUGUGAAGGCUGGGGCCAGCAGCCUGCCCCACCUGAACAAAACCCUUGUCACUUCCUGCAAACGCCUGCACAGGUGAGAUGGGAAAGGGGAGCAGAGCAACGUCCGCCUGCCUGUUGACAUAAUAUGCGGCUGACGAACGGUGCUUUGGGUAAACAGAGGUGGAAAGAGGGUUGCAAAUCAGGGCUCAGAGCAGCUGGAAACCUCAAAAUAAGCAGAAGCGGUUCUUGGCAUUGCAUGCAGUUAGUUCAGACAAUUAAAGAAAAUAAUAAUAAUAAAAAAAGCCUCACAGUCUGACAAAUGUCUGGGUUGAAGAGCUAGAGCGAGAAUAAGGAGAACCAGGAAGUGGGGGGUGGCAGGAAGGACUGCUCUGCCGCAGAAAUAUAAAACCUGGUUCUUGUUCUUCCAGCGAGGUGGACAAGGUUUUGUCUGGCUUGGAGAUCCUGUCUAAGGUGUUUGACCAGCAGAGCUCCCCCAUGACCUCCCGGAUCUUGCAGCAGGUGGGUGUGGCGAUUGGCAGCAGAGAAGCCCCCCCCCCCAAAUAACUGAGGGGCUGGAGCACCUUUUUCUUCAAGGAAAGAUGAAAAGCGGCUUUUUGGGGGUUAGGGUAGUGGAUUUGACAGAGCUGGAAAAGGUCUAGAAAAGGGAAACUGAAAUGAGCAUAGGACAACCCUUGAGAUAUCUGAAGAUGGCACUCCUGUCUCCUCUCAGUCUCCUCUUUUCCAGGCUAAACAUACCCAACUCCUUCAACCGUUCCUCAUCAGGCUUGGUUUCCAGACCCUGGAUCAUCUUGGUCACCCUCCUCUGCCCACAUUUCAGCUUGUCAACAUCCUUCUUAAAUUGUGGUGCCCAGAACUGGAGACAGGACUCCAGGUUGGGGGUCCGAUCAAGGCAGGAUAGAGCAGGAAUAUGACUUCCCAUGAUCUGGACGCUAGACUUCUGUGGAUGCAGCCUAGAAUAGCGUUAGCCUUUUUUGCUGCUGCAUCACACUGUUGAUUCAUGACUUGUGGUCCACAUGACCCCUAGAUCCUUGCCAGGUGCCCCCCCCAAUUUUAUAUUUGUGCAUCUGGUUCUUCCUGCCUAAGUUCAGGAAUGAAAUCCACUCGGUUAGUUUGGGCUUCAAUCUGUUAAGGUCAUUUUGAAUUCCGAUUCUACGACAUUAGCUGUCCCCUCCCCCAGUUUGGCGUCCAACCUGCAAACUGGAUGAGCAACCCCUCAAUUCCUUCAGCCAAGUCAUUUAGAGAGGUACAUGUUUUGCUCCCCAGGAAGCCCCCUGAGCCCAAAGGCCUCCGAAAGUGGCCCCGACUGAACCCCAACUGAAGGUGGGCUGCUUUUGAGAACCAGUGUAGUCUAAUUGUUAGAGCGUUGGACUAUUUCCCGGGAGAGCAGAGUUUGCAUCCCCACUCAGCCAUGGCGUUCACUGUGUGUGACCUUCUCUCGGCCCAACCUACCUACCAGGGUUCUUGUGAGAAUUAACUGAAGUCGGGGAGAAGCAUGCAGGACACCGUCAGCUCCUGGGGGGAAAAGGUGGGGCGUAAAUGGAACCAAAUAAAUAAAUAAAACUAGACAAAUGAGGGUAAGGCUGUCAGUCCCUUAUCCUUCCCCGCUCCCUAUUCAUUUCUCUGAUUUUAUGUAUUUAUUUACUAGUCAUGAUGGCUAUUAAAUAAAUUUUAAAAUAAAUUUAUGUAUUUUACUGGUUCAGAGGUAAAGGUAAAGGGACCCCUGACCAUUAGGUCCAGUCGCGGACGACUCUGGGGUUGCGGCGCUCAUCUCGCUGUAUUGGCCGAGGGAGCCGGCAUACAGCUUCCGGGUCAUGUGGCCAGCAUGACUAAGCCGCUUCUGGUGAACCAGAGCAGCGCACGGAACACCGUUUACCUUCCCGCCAGAGUGGUACCUAUUUAUCUACUUGCACUUUGACGUGCUUUCGAACUGCUAGGUUGGCAGGAGCAGGGACCGAGCAACGCGAGCUCACCCCGUCGUGGGGAUUCGAACCGCCGACCAUCUGAUCGGCAAGUCCUAGGCUCUGUGGUUUAACCCACAGCACCACCCGCGUCCCUCUAAUUCAACGGAACGGAAUCUGAAUCCCGAAUCCUAUGAGCUCAUUUCUGUUCCCACCUGCUAAUUUCUGUUCCCAAUUAGCUGAUCCUUGGGGCUUGCAGAGCACAGGGUUUUCACAAGUGCCGAUGAUGAUCAGCUUCACCGAAAAACCUGUGUACAGUGGUACCUCGGGUAACAUACGCUUCAGGUUACAGACUCCGCUAACCCAGGAAUAGUAUCUCAGGUUAAGAGUUUUGUUUCAGGAUGAGAACAGGAAUCGUGCUCCGGCGGCACGGCAGCAGCAGGUGGCCCUAUUAACUAAAGUGGUGCUUCAGGUUAAGAACAGUUUCAGGUUAAGAACGGACCUCCGGAACGAAUUAAGUACUUAACCCAAGGUACCACUGUAUUCAUUACCAGCCUAUCCUCCGUGUUCUUUCUGGUUUGCAGCUUUAAAAAGCUGUAGAGGCCAAAUUCCACAAAGUCCUGGAACAGGACUUGACUCUGGCACCCCCAGAAUCAGUUCCCGGGCCCCCGAGCGUCUCCUGCCCCUCCUGUGCCAGAAAACUUCUCCCGGGUCUUUGUUUUCCAACCCUCCUUCUUAUGGUCCCCAGACGGCCAGCCAAACCGGAGAGCAGGAACUGGAGAGCCUCGUCCUGAAGCUGUCCGUCUUGAAGGACUUCCUGUCCAGUAUUGAGAAGAAGGUGAGUGCCAGCCAUGAAACCUGGCGAGGGGGGGCGCCCUCUGGCCUUCCCCAUCUUCUCUGGAAGGAGAAUGGGAUGGAGCCCCAUGCUGGUGCUGCUUGUUAAUAAUAAUAAUAAUAAUAAUAAUAAUAAUAAUAAUAAUAAUAAUAAAUUUAUUAUUUAUAUGCCACCCAUCUGGCUGGGUUUCCCCAGCCACCCUGGGUGGCUUCCAACUAAAUAUUAAAAAAAAUACAGCAUCAGACAUUAAAAACCUCCCUAAACAGGGCCGCCUUCAGUUGUCUUUUAAAAGAAAAAUACCGGUAGUUGUUUAUUGCCUUGACAUCUGUUGGGAGGGCGUUCCACAGGGCGGGUGCCACCACCGAGAAGGCCCUCUGCCUGGUUCCCUGUAACUUCACUUCUCACAGUGAGGGAACCGCCAGAAGGCCCUCGGAGCUGGACCUCAGUGUCCGGGCUGGAUGAUGGGGGUGGAGACACUCCUUCAGGUAUACUGGAAUGAGGCCAUUUCGGGUGUUAAAGGUCAGCACCAACACUUUAUUAUCUGUCCUGUGCCUUAAGCUCCCAGAGUGGGAUAGAGCAUUAAAACACAAUAUUAAAAACAAUUUAAGAAGCGGGAAGUGAAGUUACAGGGAACCAGGCAGAGGUGGUGCCUGCCCUGUGGAAUGCCCUCCCACCAGAUGUCAAGGAAAUAAACAACUAUCUGAAGGCAGCCCAGUUUAGUGGAGUUUUAAUGACUGAUGUUUCAAUUGAUAUUUUUAAUCUGUUGUUGGAAGCAGCCCAGAGUGGCUGAGGAGACCCAGCCAGAUGAUUGUUGUUGUUGUUGUUAUAUUUAAAGCAACUUGUGGAAAUUAGGCGUGCCCUGAUAAUGCAAGUGUCAAAAGCCAGAAGGUAAAGAAGGGGUGUCCUCAGCAUCCUCUGAAGGUGCCAGGCGCAGCUCUUUGGCGAGGGAGUCCCACGACGUAGGGGCCACCACAGAGGAGACCCUCUUCCAAGCGGACACCCUGCCCGAGCUUCUGAGGGCAGUGGAACUGUCAAGACGGCCCCCUGUGUCGAUUCUGGCCCCUGGAAGCCCCCUUUCAGUUGUUUGGGGACUGAGUCGUUUAGGGUUUCAAACGCCAACAGACACAUCUUGAAUUGAAAUGGCCUGGCAACCAGCACAGUUAAUUUAAAACGGGGAAAACAUAGUGUGAUCUGAACAGGACCCCAGCCAGCGACCCGACUGAUGUGUUUCGGGCCAGUUGAAGUUUCCGAGUCGUCUUCAAGGGCAGCCCCACGCAGAGCGCAUUGCAGCCAUCCAAUCUGGAAGUUGCCGGAGCGUGGAGUUCAGAUAAUCUCUGUCCAAAAGCAGACAUAGCUGGCGAACGCGCUGUAUCUGGGAAAAGGCCCUCCUAGCCACCAAAACCGCCUGAGCCUCCAAUGGCAAGAUCGAAUCCAAGAUGGAGAUGGAAUUCUCCCAAGGCCCGCCAGUCCCUGGCUUCUCCCACAAGGGGGGAGAAAGCGUGAGGGGAUCUGAGUGCCAGAUGGGCAGGGUAUAAAUAUAUUAUUAUUAUUAUUAUUAUUAUUAUUAUUAUUAUUAUUUAUUUCAACAGGGUUGUCUUAACUGUCUAAUUUAAUUGUCGACUUUUACGUAUUAACAUCCGCACAGCUGGUUUUACACUUUGCAGGCUGCUUUAGAAGCCCGUUUUGGGUUUAAGCAGAGUAUAAAUUGACGAAGAGGAUAAUCCCAAGUUAUUAUUAUGGUCAUACUCUCAUCUAUCCCCCUUGCAGGCUUUGAAAGCUCUCCAGGACAUGAGUUCCACAUCCCAGCCUGGGCUGGCCCUGCCUUCUUCGCGAAAAGCAAAGAGCAUUCCUGUCCAGGCAUUCGAGGUAAAAGCCAAGUCUUUUCAAUCACUCCUUAGGCUCAAGCCCAAGGCUGAGUUGCAGUUGUCUGCGGGCAGAGAAGGCGCAGAAGGAGCUCCAAGUUUUUAGCCCUCUAUGGUGCCAAAGGGAACACUUUGGGCUGAAUGUCCGAGAAGCCAAAGAGGCCGUCCAAAUUCACCCUUCCGGUCGCCAGGGGGCCAAGAUUCAGUCGCCUUUGCAACUCCUUCUACACGGUGGCAAAAAGGAGAAUGUGUAUUAACUUUCCGCAUUCCCUCCAUUCCUGUGAAGCUGCUUGGAGUCACCGUUGGCCCAUGUAGCUUAGCAUUGCCAGCACUGACUGGCAGAGGCUUUCCAGGCUUUCAGGCAGGGGCCCGAUCCUCCCUGGAGAUGCCCCUGGGACAUUCUGUACGCGAAGACCGCUACGGCCCCUUCCCCAAUUAAUUGAGGAGGCAGCGGCAGUGUAGUGGUUAGAGCAUCAAACCAAGGCCUGGGAGACCAGGGCUCAGAUCCUUACUUGGCCACAAAGCUCUCUUGCCAGGUGACCUUGGGCCAGCCGCUGACUCUCGGCUCAGCCUACCUCACAGGGUUGUGGUGAGGAUCCGCGGGGAGGUGGAAAGUUCCCUGCUUCGAGCUCCCUGGAGGAAAGGUAGCCUAUAAAUGCAAGAAACAUAAAUAGAUGCACGAAUAAUUAUCUUGUGUGCUGAGAAACAUCUCAUAGUACGCCCCACGGAGGACCUUGUGGUCUACAAAUAAUAACACCUUGGAGAUCCAGGGCCUCAGAGAGAUUACAGUAGGUUGGCCUCGACCAGGGCCAGGGCCUUUUCGGCAAUGGCCCCAGCCUGGUGGAACGCUCUGCCACAAGAGAUCAGCGCCCUGCGGGAUUUGACAUCUUUCUGCAGGGCCUGCAAGACGGAGUUGUUCUGCCAGGCGUUUGGCCAGGGCUCAGCCUGACUCCCCUUUUAUUUUUGCAUAAGAACUAGUAUGAAAGAGGCUUCCCAGCAUUCUCUAAACAGUUGGGCCAGUGAGCACUUACUGUUCCCAACCCUAACCCUGCAGAAGCCAUCUAAUUUGAUUUAGACCUGUUUUUAGGAAGCAGUUUAAUUACUGUUUGCUUUUUUUAUAUAUAAGAUAUUUAUUAAGGUUUUUUGAAAUAUUACAGUAAAAAUGAAAAAGAAAAGAGAAAAAUACAAAAUAAAAACAGUUAAAAACACACAUAUUUUCAGUUACUUAUUUUCCUUUAGCUUGUUUCCCGGACCUCCUCGUACCUCCCUGUUUUGUAUUCCAGUUCAAUUUAUUGGUUCAGCAAAUCCUUACCAUUAGAUUUUAACCCAUUUAUAACCCUUUUUUCAUAUUCUCUUAAAGCAUUACAGCUAGAAACCGCUUAAUUACUAUCCAACAUCAUUCUAUCAUUCAUUAAUUUUACAAUAUUUCUGUAAAUAGUCUUUAAAUUUCUUCCAAUCUUCUUCCACCGACUCUUCCUCCUGGCCUCGGAUUCUGCCAGUCAUUUCUGCCAAUUCCAUAUAGUCCAUCACCUUCAUCUGCCAUUCUUCCAAAGUGGGUAGAUCUUGUGUUUUUAUACUAAUGUUAUAUAUUUGAUGUUAGCCGCCCUGAGCCCGACUUUGGCCAGGGAGAGCGGGAUAUAAAUAAAAGAUGAUGAUUGGACAUCCUCCCUCCCUCCCUCCCUCCCUCCCUCCCUCCCUCCCUCCCUCCCAGGUGAAGCUGGACCUAACCUUGGGCGACCUCACGAAGAUCGGGAAAUCUCAGAAGUACACCUUGAGCGUGGAUGUGGAAGGUGGGAAGCUUGUUGUUCUGAAGAAGCAGAGGGACUCUCAGGAGGACUGGAACACCUUUGCUCACGACAAGAGUAAGGAGGAGCCCCAAGUGUGUCUUUCGCUGGAGACCCACCGCCAGCAGUGCCCUCUUGGGGACCGAGUCUCCUUUGCCCUAACCCUCCGGACGAUCAGGUUGUGGCCUUUUGAGGAAUCCACCUUAAGGAACAAGCCCUUUCCAAAGAACUAACUUAUUUGGGGAGGGGUGAGGGUUUCCUCGUCAUGUUUUGGUGAUUCUCCUGCCUUGACCUGAUGGCUUGAGCUGCGCCCUGAAACAUCUUUUCGUCCAUUUGAGAACCUGCCCACAGGGAACGCGCUGUCUCAACCUAGUCCCCUGCCCGGUGAUGUGUUGGACUACAACUCCCAUGAGCCUCAGCAUCUUACGGCUAUGCAGGCUGGGGCUGUUGGGAGUUGGGGAGGCGCCAGGUCAGCGAAGGCUGCAUUCAACUCCUACCUGUCUAUCUAGAAAUGCCCAGCGGGUGAAGCAGCCCGAAAGCGAAUUCCUAAGGGAAGGGGAACUGGAAAGGGGGAAACCAUCAUUCCUACGCAUCGCUUUUGUAUUUAUUUAAUAACAAUUAUACACCCCUUCACUGCAAAAAGAGAGAAAACCCUCCCAAGCGGUUCACACGAAAAAAGAUAAAGCAAUAAAACGAAAAGGUUGCAACAAUAAUUUACGACUUUCGAAAAGUUAAAAUAGCAACAGACUGAAAAUGUUAAAGCUCACACCAGCUUUCUAAACACCUGGGCAGGCUUGUCUAAUCCAAAAUGUUUUUAGCAGGCGCUGAAAAGAGUACAGUGAAGGUGCUUUCUUGAGGUCAAGUGGCAGGGAGUUCCAAAGUGCAGGUGCUGACACACUAAAAGAGCCGAGUUCUUACAGAUACUGACCCCCCUCUCCCUCUUUCUCCCCAGUCCGCCAGCUGAUAAAAUCCCAGCGGGUGCAGAAUAAGCUGGGAAUCGUCUUCGAGAAGGAGAAAGAGAAGACUCAGAGGAAGGACUUCAUCUUUGUUAGUGCCAGGGUGAGUGUUUGGAGCGCCAGCGGUCAAGAUCCCCUUGGCUAGAGGAGCGUGGAAAGGUCAGGCGGAGGGGCAGCGACCGGUCCCAGGUCCCCCCCGUGAGCUUCUUGGCCAAGUGGGCGAUUUGAACCCUGGUCUCCCCCACGUUCUAGCCAUUGCAGCACCAUGGGCUCUCAAGGUUUACUUAUAAAUCUUAGAGGUUUUGUAAAUAAGUUGAACAGGUUGUCCUUCUGCCACCUGCGGUGCUCUGGAGUCCCUGGCUAUGUAGCUCUCUCUCUGUGUCUCUGCUGGUCCCGUCACUGCAGUGCUGGUUUACGUAUAAGCUAAACAAGCUAUAGCUUAGGGCCCCACUCUGGAUGUACAUUUCCAAAAUCUAAGAUAAAAAACAAAUAAAAUAAAACCUACAUACAGCAACAGUGUUUUGUGUUGUGUAGGCUCCUGUGAUGUAAGUCAUGGGCCUAGCCUGCUCCCUAAAAUAUCACUGGUUUGCUCCUUUCUAUAUAUAGGGUGCUUCCAUUCUGCAUGGACUGGUUGCAUGGCAACACAUGCAAAUGGCUUGAGAUACCUAUUAGGUCCAUAAAUUAAGGUAAAGGUAAAGGUACCCCUGCCCGUACGGGCCAGUCGUGACCGACUCUGGGGUUGCGUGCUCAUCUCGCUUAAGAGGCCGGGAGCUAGCGCUGUCCUAAGACACUUCCAGGUCACGUGGCCAGCCUGACGAAGCUGCUCUGGCGAGCCAGCACCAGCGCAGUACACGGAAACGCCGUUACCUUCCCGCAAUAAAGCGGUACCUAUUUAUCUACUUGCACUUGGGGGUGCUUUCGAACUGCUAGGUGGGCAGGAGCUGGGACCGAAGGACAGGAACUCACCCCACCGCGGGGAUUCGAACCGCCGACCAUGCGAUCGACAAGUCCUAGGCACUGAGAUUUUACCCACAGCGCCACCCGUGUCCCUUGGUCCAUAAAUUACCAUCUAGCAUAUACAGUCAUACCUCAUGUUACGUUUGCCUCAUUUUACGUUCUUUCAGGUUACGUCCCGCGGUGACCUGGAAGUACCGGAAAGGGUUACUUCUGGGUUUCACCGCUCACGCAUGCGCAGAAGCGCUAAAUCACACUUCGCGCAUGCGCAGAAGCAUCAAAUCGCGCCAUGCACCUGCGCAGAUACGGUGCUUCAGGUUGUGCUCCUUUCAUGUUGCGGAAGGGCCUCCGGAACGGAUUCCAUUCACAACCAGAGCUACCACUGUAUUCAACACAAAAAACAGCAACAAUUUGUUGUUGACAACAACAUAUAAAGGGCCCCAUUACCUUCAGUAGCUUAGGGCCUCAUCAAACCUAAAUUCGGUCCUGCCUCACUGCGAUUUCUGCCACAAGGAAGCGUUGUUGUUGUCAUGUUGCUGUUUCUUGUGGCUGCCACUCAGGGACUCAAGCGCAUGAGAAUGUUGACAUCCAUGUGCACAGCAAGUUGGUGCCCCAUCCGUUGCCGUGGUUUCCAGUAACUGGGAUUCAGAAGCAUCCCUGCCUCUGACUGCAGAGGCAGCCAUUGUGGACAGCGGCUCUCGAUAGCCCUUUCCUUCUCCAUGAAUUUGUAGCGUGAAUUAGCAUGAGUGGCAUGAAUUGGGGCUGAAGAGGGUCAGGUGUGGGGCAGUGUCCUACUGCUCCUGGAGGGAGGGAGGCCUGUGGAUGCGACUGGAGGGGAGGAAAAAGGAGGAAAAAACUGGCAAAAAUUCACCAAACAUCCAACAUUUAUUAUUAUUAUAUUUAUGAUUUUCAGUUUUAUACAUUUUAAUAAUUUGACAGUCAUUUUAACAUUUCGAAACUUGACUUCCUUCCCCCUUAAAUUUGUUUUUUAUAUUUUCUGCAAAUAUAAAUUUGCAGUGCCUUAAAUUUGUUUUUUGUAUUUUCUGCAAAUUCCAAUUAUUAUUUUCUAAUAAUAAUUUUUAUUAGUUUUACAUAUAAUCACAUUACGCAACAUCGUAUCUUCUUAUUUAACCUUUUUGCCUCAGCUGAGCCUAAUGACUUCCCUCCCUCCCGCCUAAUGGUUUACAAACUUACGUUUUGCUUCUUUCCGUAUCAUGUCCUUUCCUAUUCUUGUUAUUACCUAAAAAGUUACAUUACCAUACCUGAAUAGGUAGCAAUUUCAUUUUACAAAACUUCAGAUAACCCUGCUAGUGAUGUUAAUUGCUUACAGUUGUCUUUCAAAUAUAGUAUAAAUUUGUUCCAGUCCUUUUGGAAUGCUUGGUCUCGCUGGUUGCGGAUUCUUCCCACCAGUUUCGUCAGUUCUGCAAAGUCCUUCAAUUUCAUUUGCCAUUCUUCUUUUGUUGCUAACUCCUGAUGUUUCCAUCUUUGGGCUAACAGAAUUCUUGCUGCAGUAGUUGCAUACAAGAACAACUUUUUAUCUUGUCUCGGUAUCUCUUUACCCACUAUACCCAAUAAGAAAGCUUCUGGUUUCUGCAAAUUCCAAAUUAAUAAUAAUAAUAAUAAUAAUAAUUUAUUUGUACCCCGCCCAUCUGGCUGGGUUUCCCCAGCCACUCUGGGCGGCUUCCACAGAGACCAAAAAUACACUAAAAUGUCACACAUUAAAAACUUCCCUGAACAGGGCUGCCUUAAGAUGUCUUCUGAAUGUCAGGUAAUUGUUUAUCUCUUUGACAUCUGAUGGGAGGGCGUUCCACAGGGCAGGGGCCACUACCAAGAAGGCCCUCUGCCUGGUUUCCUGUAGCUUUGCUUCUCGCAAUGAGGGAACCAUUAGAAGGCCCUCAGCACUUGACCUCAGUGUCCGGGUAGAAUGAUGGGGGUGGAGACGCUCCUUCAGGUCUACUGGGCCUUUGAGGCCGUUUAGGGCUUUCAGGGUCAGCACCAACACUUUGAAUUGUGCUCAGAAAUGUACUGGGAGCCAAUGUAGGUCUUUCAAGACCAGAAAAUAAAUUAACUUUAUUUACUCAUUUAUUCAUCUACUUUAAAUGUAUACUCUUAUAAAGCUGCAGGUUAUUACAGUAGCCCUGCCGGUGUUCUUAAAAGCAUCAACGUUUCUGAGAAGUACAGGUGGAAUUGCUGGUGUGUUCAAAGCUGGAGGGCUCUGGCAUCAAGAGGGCUAGAAACGUGCUGCUUUAAGAAUAAAUAUGGAAACGGAGGAAUUGCCUAGAAAGUUGGGAAGCCCUCGGUGAUUUUGCCUGCUUGUGUUUCUCUGAGGCUGUUCUCUUUGUCUCGCUGCCCUCCUGUCUGUUCCCACCCCCCUCACUGCAGAAACGCGAGGCCUUCUGCCAACUCCUGCAGCUGAUGAAGAACAGACAUUCGAACCAGGACGAGCCGGACAUGAUUUCCAUCUUCAUUGGCACGUGGAAUAUGGGUCAGUCUUGCCAUCGGGAUGUGUGAACCUUUCCUGGGCUGUCACAGGUGUCGGGGUCGAGAGAGAAGCCGCGGGGAGCAGUCUGCUGUUAUAUUUAUUCCAUAAAAUGUAUAGACCCCUUGAUGGCAAAAACAAAACAAAAAAAACUUCAAAGCAGUUUACGGAAAAGGCAAAACACAAUUAUCAAUAAGAAGAAUAAAUUGCAAUAAUGUAAGUCUUUUGGAAAGGUAAAGGUAAAGGGACCCCUGACCAUUAGGUCCAGUCGUGACUGACUCUGGGGUUGCGGCCCUCAUCUCGCUUUAUUGGCCGAGGGAGCCGGCGUACAGCUUCCGGGUCAUGUGGCCAGCAUGACUAAGCCGCUUCUGGCAAACCAGAGCAGCGCACGGAAACACCGUUUACCUUCCCGCCAGAGCGGUACCUAUUUAUUUACUUGCACUUUGAUGUGGUUUUGAACUGCUAGGUUGGCAGGAGCUGGGACCAAGUAAUGGGAGCUCACCCCGUCGCGGGGAUUUGAACCGCCGACCUUCCGAUCGGCAAGUCCUAGGCUCUGUGGUUUAGACCACAGCGCCACCCGUGUCCCUUUUAGGAAAGUUAAAAUAAGCUAAAAACACAUUAGAACUAGCACCAAUUUUCUAAAUACCUGGGUAGGCUUGCCUGUAAACAAGAAUGCUUUUAGCGCGCACCCAAAAGAGAACAGCAAAUGUUCCUGCCCGGUGUCAGUACAAAGCCCAUGACUUUUGCACAUUUAUUUUUUGUGCUUUGGGCAAAGAAAAUAACAAAAAUUAAAAAGGGAGUGCAAUGUGGCUGGGCGUCCGGGAAAAUAGACUCUGGCGAUCCCACCCACUAUUGCACCCAGUAUGUUUCAACUACAGUCGUACCUUGGAUCCCGAAUGCCUUGGUAUUUGGACAUUUUGGCUCCUGAACGCCACAAACCCGGAAGUGAGUGUUCCGGUUUACGAAUGUUCUUUGGAAGCUGAACGUCCCGACAGGGCUUCCACGGCUUCCAAUUGGCUGCAGGAGCUUCCUGCAGCCAAUCAGAAGCCAUUUUUUGGUUUCCGAAUGUUUUGGAAGUCAAAUGGACUUCCGGAACGGAUUCCGUUCGACUUCCAAGGUACGACAGUAUAUGCAAUUUUGGCUUUGAACGCAAUCCUCGGAACAUAACAUUGCUUACCGUAAGGCAAAUUCAAAAUACAGUCGUACCUUGGAAGUCGAACGGAAUUCGUUCCAGACUUCCAAAACAUUUGGAAACCAAAGCGCAGCUUCUGAUUGGCUGAAGGAAGCUCCUGCAGCCAAUCAGAAGCCACGGAAGCCCCGUCGGACGUUCGGCUUCCAAAAAUAGUUUGCAAACCAGAACAGUCACUUCUGGGUUUGCGGCGUCCGGGAGCCAAAACGUUCGGGAACUGAGCUGUUCAACUUCCAAGGUACGGUUGUAAUGCAAAUUACACGAAUUCAAAACAUUUCCACAGUCUGAAAAACCAGGAACAUCCGUGCUCCUGCCAAAAAGACAAAGAACACUCUCUGCAAAAACAUUAAGCGGAAACAAAAAUAUUUAAGCAGAACCUUUGGCUUAUAAGGUCCCAGGCUGGGCGGUAGAGCAAGGCUAGGGGAAAAGCUGGUGCGGCUAGGUGGUCCCAGCAGACUCCCCCCCCAAACUCCCCCCCCCCCCGCUGCAAUGACUGGCCAGUGGUUGGACGCCUCUGGGAGAGCCCACACAGGUGGAGACCCCUGCUGCAGUGAGGCUCCUCACGGGGUCUCUGCCAUGGGAGCAUAUUCCCCCAGUGCUCUACCGACUGCACUGGCUCCCGGUGGAGUACAGGGUCAGAUUUAAGGUGCUGGUUUUGACCUUUAAAGUCCUUCACAGCCUGGGACCCUCGUACCUAUGGUACCACAUCUCCCUGUAUGCUGCACAGGGGACCUUAAGGUCCAUAAAUAGCAACACCCUACAGGUCCCGGGCCCUAAGGAAGUCAGAUUAUCCGCCACCAGGGCCAGGGCCUUCUCAGUGAUGGCUCCGACCUGGUGGAAUGCUCUGUCCCAUGAGACCAGGGCCCUGCAGGAUUUCACUUCCUUCUGCAGGGCCUGUAAGACAGAGCUAUUCCGCCUGGCUUUCAAUUUGAACUUAGCCUGAUCUUUUAUUCCCCUUCCUUCCCUCCCCCUCCCCUUUUUAUGAAGAUUACCCACUCUGGGAUCCCACAGCUAAUUCAGCCCCUGGUCUCCUCGCUGGCCCAAAUAGGACUACCGUAUUUUUUGCUCUAUAGGACGCACUUUUUCCCCUCCAAAAAUUAAGGGGAAAUGUGUGUGCGUCCUAUGGAGCGAAUGUAGGCUCCUUGGCUUCAGCGAUAGCAACGCGAAGCCUCCGAAGCGCAGAGGGAGCGCUCCCUCCGUGCUCCGGAGGCUUCAGGCAUAGCCGCCUGAAGCCUUUGGAGUGCAGCGGGACCUCGCGCUGCACUCCGAAGGCUUUGGGUUCCUUUAGCUGAAGCCGGGAGAGCAAGACUCUCCUGACUUCAGCCAUAGGAACCCGAAGCCUUUGGAGCGCAGCGUGAGGUCCCGCUGCGCUCCAAAGGCUUCAGCCACGCACCUGCCUGGAAGCCGGAGGAGGAAAAGAAGGGUCUCCUUCUGUUCCUUCUCCAGCUUUGCUUGAAGGGGCGCUGCACAGUUCUCCCUCUCUUCGCAGCACCUCUCCUUCGCAGGAGAGGUGCUGCGAAGAGAGGGAGAACUGCGCAGCACCCCUUCAGCGACGCGCCUGCCCUGUCUUCUGCCUUAGCCGCACGCAGCCUCUUCCGGGCAGGGGGAGCCUUCAUCCCACUGUCCUGAAGAGGCUUGGCGCGGUUAUCCCAGAAGCCAGAACAGCCACACGGUAUCCCAGAAGCCAGAUCCCUCUUGCUGUUCUGGCUUCUGGGAUUCAAAAUAUUUUUUUUCUUGUUUUCCUCCCCCCCAAACUAGGUGCAUCUUAUCACCUGGUGCGUCCUAUAGAGCGAAAAAUACGGUAAUUUAGCCAGGUAGCCCUGGUGAUUAUCUAAUGCUUAUUGGAUGGAUUUCCCCCCUAAAUUGGUUCUUGAAUUCUGAAUUUAUUGUUAUUCACGUUUUAUACUGUAUUUUAAGCUGUUUUUUGUUGCAUCAAUUAAGUGUUUUAAAUUUGUUGUUAGCCGCCCUGAGCCCUGUUUUCUGAACCGGGAAGGGCGGGGUGUAAAUAAAAAUUUAAUAUUUAUUAUUAUUCCGAUUGGCCGGUUCCCUCUUCUCCUCUGCAGGCAGCGUUCCGCCUCCCAAGAACAUCACCUCCUGGUUUGCCUCGAAGGGUCUGGGCAAGACGCUGGACGAGAUGACCGUCACCAUCCCCCACGACAUCUACGUCUUCGGCACCCAGGAGAACUCCAUGGGGGACAAGGAGUGGGUGGACUUUGUGCGCGGAGUCCUCAAGGAGUUCACGGAAAUAGAGUACCGGCCGGUGGGUGCCCAGGAGGAGGCAGAGGGGCCUCCGGGGGGGGGGGAGCCUGUUUCUCUCUCCCCCCAGCCAGGUCUUCCCAUAAGAAACAUCAUCUCCUUGCUUGCCUCUUCCAGAUCGCCAUGCAGUCCCUGUGGAACAUUAAAAUAGCCGUCCUGGUGAAACCAGAACAUGAGAACCGGAUCAGCCAUGUCAGCACCUCCAGCGUGAAAACCGGGAUUGCCAACACUCUGGGUAAGAGGAGAGCUGUCCGGAGGAAGGCUAGGCUGCCCCAGAUUCUCCCAGCAAGAGUCUUGGGGAGGAAUAAGCCAAGUCGUUUUAGCGGUGUCCGUGCUGAGUCCAUUUUAGAGUCAUGCAAGUGUGCAACAUAGGAAGUUGCCCCGUGUGCUCUCAGAGUAGCCCAGUAUUCCUGGCUGCCGUUGGAUCUUGGGCUUCUUUGCAAGGGACCUUUUUCUGUUCCCGGAUGCUGCGAGGAUUGAGCUUCUGCUUGCAGAAGCUUUUACCAGCGAACCAAAGAGGCGUCUCUCCUCCUCCCCGUUCCCACAAAGCUCUGCGCUUCUGUUGGCGGUCUUUGCCAAACAACUGUGACUCAAAUGCAUUUGGGAAGAUUUAUUGCCUGGGGAGGAAUUUGAGCAGGUGGGAGGAGCAGAAGAUGGUGAAUUGCUGAAACACAUACAGUGGUACCUUGGUUCUCAAACGCCUUGGUACUCAAACAACUUGGAACCCAAACACUGCAAACCCGGAAGUACAGUGGUACCUCGGGUUACGUACUUAAUUCAUUCCAGAGGUCCAUACUUAACCUGAAACUGUUCUUAACCUGAAGCACCACUUUAGCUAAUGGGGCCUCCCGCUGCUGCUGUGCCGCCAGAGCACGAUUUCUGUUCUCAUCCUGAAGCAAAGUUCUUAACCUGAGGUACUAUUUCUGGGUUAGCAGAGUCUGUAACCUGAAGCGUAUGUAACCUGAAACGUAUGUAACCCGAGGUACCACUGUAAGUGUUCCGGUUUGCGAACUUUUUUUGCAAGGUACCACUGUAAUGUGAACUGCAGUCUAGGGCAGCUGUCUACUCUCCCUGCCUGCAGACUGUCUUGCCAGAGUGGUGCACGCUCUGGUUAUCUCCCGCCUGGACUACUGCCAUGUGCUCUAUGUGGGGCUACCUUUGAAAGUAACUCGGAAACUACAACUAAUCCAGAAUGUGGCAGCCAGACUGGUGACUGGGAGCAGCUGCCGAGACCACAUAACACCUGUCCAAAAAAUCUACAACUGUUGGAAGCUGCCCAGAGUGGCUGGGGCAACCUGGUCAGAUGGGCAAGGUACAAAUAAUAAAAAUACUAUUAUUAUAAAAGUCAGGGCAAGAAGAGCCCUGGCUGCUGGAUCAGGGCAAAGUCCAGCAUCCUGUUCUCACAGUUUUGCCAACCAGAUGCCGUAAAGCGAAGCCCACAAAUGGGACUUGGGCACAAGAACAGCCCUCGCCCCACCUGGGAUUCCCAUUGACUGGUAUUCAGGUCCAUACCUGUUCUGACUGUGGAGACAGAAUAUAGCCACUGGCAGCUUUCUCCCCCAUUCAUCUGCCUAAUCCUCUUUUAAAGUCACCCUUGUUUGUGGAAAGGGGAAAGUUUCAAUGAAGCAGCACUGGAGGAGUUUGUGCAAUUCCCCUCUCCUGCCUAAAUGCCUGCCUCCCGCAUCACCUCAAUUAAUCAUAGAAUCAUAGAAUCAUAGAAUCCUAGAGUUGGAAGAGACCACAAGGGCCAUCGAGUCCAACCCCCUGCCAAGCAGGAAACACCAUCAGAGCACUCCUGACAUAUGGCUGUCAAGCCUCUGCUUAAAGACCUCCAAAGAAGGAGACUCCACCACACUCCUUGGCAGCAAAUUCCACUGUCGAACAGCUCUUACUGUCAGGAAGUUCUUCCUAAUGUUUAGGUGGAAUCUUCUUUCUUGUAGUUUGGAUCCAUUGCUCCGUGUCCGCUUCUCUGGAGCAGCAGAAAACAACCUUUCUCCCUCCUCUAUGUGACAUCCUUUUAUAUAUUUGAACAUGGCUAUCAUAUCACCCCUUAACCUCCUCUUCUCCAGGCUAAACAUGCCCAGCCCCUUAGCCGUUCCUCAUAAGGCAUCGUUUCCAGGCCUUUGACCAUUUUGGUUGCCCUCCUCUGGACACCUUCCAGUUUGUCAGUGUCCUUCUUGAACUGUGGUGCCCAGAACUGGACACAGUACUCCAGGUGAGGUCUGACCAGAGCAGAAUACAGUGGCACUAUUACUCCCUUGAUCUAGAUGCUAUACUCCUAUUGAUGCAGCCCAGAAUUGCAUUGGCUUUUUAGCUGCCGCGUCACACUGUUGGCUCAUGUCAAGUUUGUGGUCAACCAAGACUCCUAGAUCCUUUUCACAUGUACUGCUCUCAAGCCAGGUGUCACCCAUCUUGUAUUUGUGCCUCUCAUUUUUUUGCCCAAGUGCAAUACUUUACAUUUCUCCCUGUUAAAAUUCAUCUUGUUUGUUUUGGCCCAGUUCUCUAAUCUGUCAAGGUCGUGUUGAAGUGUGAUCCUGUCCUCUGGGGUGUUAGCCACCCCUCCCAGUUUGGUGUCAUCUGCAAAUUUGAUCAGGAUGCCCUUGAGUCCAUCAUCCAAGUCGUUGAUAAAGAUGUUGAAUAAGACCGGGCCCAAGACAGAACCCUGUGGCACCCCACUAGUCACUCUUCUCCAGGAUGAAGAGGAACCAUUGAUGAGCACCCUUUGGGUUCGGUCAGUCAGCCAGUUACAAAUCCACUGAGUGGUAGCAUAGUCAAGACCGCAUUUUACCAGCUUCUUUACUUCUUUAUUUUGCUUCCUUCUUUUUUUUAUAAGUCUUUAUUGGUUUAAAAUACAAGCAUACAACAAAGGUAAGUAUAGCAAAGUUAAAUACAAAAAGAAAAGGUCAUCACAAUGUAAAAGCAAGAAAAAAAUAAAUAAUAAAUGAAAUAAAAAAAGAACCAAAAUUUUAUACAACAUCAUGUCCGUCAAAUAAAUUUUUCUGCAUAAAACUGCCAAUCAUUCUCAUUAUACUUUUUGCAUUGUCAUGGUUUUAUCGCACAGUUUUAUUUUAUAUCCUUUUCCAUACAUUCCACUAAGAUAUUUGUUUCAUUUAUUUAUUCUUCACAAGUAUCAUUCCAGUUCUGCUAAGAUGGUAUCAUUUUUUACAAUAUAAUCUUAUAUAUUUCUUAAAUUUUUUCCAUUCUCCAUGUGUUUUGCUUCCUAGGCAAUAAGGGGGCUGUCGGUGUCUCCUUCAUGUUCAACGGCACGUCGUUUGGGUUUGUGAACUGCCACCUCACCUCCGGCAACGAGAAGACAGCCAGGUGAGUCCUUCCCCUGCCACACCAGGUAGGCUGGAGGGCUCUUGAGCAUUUUGGCAUGGGGUUGGGGACAGAACUGCUGGGCUGGAGGAGUCUCGGCCCAGUAUACCUGAAGGAGCGUCUCCAUCCCCAUCGUCCAUCCCGGACACUGAGGGCCAGCUCUGAGGGCCCUCUGGCAGUUCCCUCCCUGCGAGAAGUGAGGCUACAGGGAACCAGGCAGAGGGCCUUCUCGGUGGUGGCACCUGCCCUGUGGAACACCCUCCCACCAGAUGUCAAGGAAAGAAAGAACUAUCUGACUUUUAGAAGACAUCUGAGGGCAGUUUCAGGAAGUUUUAAAUGUUCAAUCUUUUAUUAUGUUUUUAAUAACCUGUUGGAAGCCGCCCAGAAUGGCUGGGGAGAUCCAGCCAGAUGGGCGGGAUAUAAAUAAUAAUAAUAAUAAUAAUUUCAACGGGGUUGUCCAAUUUAAUUGUCAACAUUUACAUAUUAACAUCUGCACAGCUGGUUUUACACUUUGCAGGCUGCUUUAGAAGCCUGUUUUGGGUUUAAGCGGAGUAUAAAUUGACAAGGAUAAUCCUGUUAUCUGACGUUUAGAAGACAUCUGAAGGCAGCCCUGUUUAGGGAAGUUUUUAAUGACUGGUGUUUUAUGGUGUUUUUAAUAUUCUGUUGGGAGCUGCCCAUAGUGGCUGGAGAAACUCAGCCAGAGGGGCGGGGUAUAAAUAAUUUAUUAUUAUUAUUAUUAUUAUUGACGUGUUUCCUAUGGAAAGAUUCAUAAAUGAAAGCAAAAAGUAAACUUCGCUCAGAAACCCUGCGCAGAACCAGCUCCUUCUUUUGCCGCGCUCACAUGCACCUCGGUCCUCAUUUUCUCCCAUCUCCACUGUCCAGGAGGAACCAGAAUUACCUGGACAUCCUGCGCCUCCUCUCCCUGGGCGACAAGCAGCUCAGCUCCUUUGACAUCUCCCUCCGCUUCACUCACCUCUUCUGGUUUGGAGACCUCAAUUACCGCCUGGACAUGGACAUUCAGGUGAGGAAGGGGGGGUGGGCUUGUGGGGGGCCACGAGAACAGAAGAAGAGCUUGCUGGAUCAGGCCCGUGGCCCAUGAUCCUGACCAGAGCCCUCCUCUCACCAUGGCCAACCAGAUAACCAGCAUGGGAAACCUGCGAGCAGGAUCCGAGCAGAAGAGCAUCUCUCUCCUGGUUGCGGUUUCCAGCAACUGAUGCUUAGAAGCACAUUGAAAAUGUUGUCUAUAAGAAUAAAAGAAAAUUAUUGUAAUUUUUUAUUAUUAUUAUUAUAUUAUAUUAAAAUUAAAAAAACAAGGAAUAUUCAGUGUUAUGUUGGAGGGGAUGCCAGGAAACGGAAUUAUGUUCACAUGUACAAUUUUUCUGGCAAAGGGUGUUUAAGGAGAUAGCAGAAAUCACUGGGUUAAAGCUGACCGAAAGUCCAGAGGUAUCACUAUUAUCAGUUUACAAUGGGGUGGAAGGUUCACAGGCUGUGAAGGACUCACAAAUUCAUUGACAGCUGCAGGAGUUAUUAUAGCUAGGAAGUGGAAGGGGCAAGCAGAAUAUAAAAUGGAAGAAUGGUGUAAAGAGGUGUGGGAUAUAGCUAUUAACGAUAAAUUUACACGUGACAUUAAGGUAAGACGGGGAAUAUGCAGGAGAAAUGAUUUUGAGGAGAUAUGGAGGGUGUUGGAAGAAUUUGUACUGUUAAAACAGAAAGGGGUCAAACCAUCGCAAGAGGUGUGUCAGCAUCGCCCUUGAGCCAGUGCCACUAACUGGACUCAUCCACUUCAGCCCCGACUGGGCUAGGCGAGCUGGGUAGCACUUCCAGAGACCACUUUCUGCACAGGAACAGGUCUAAGUGCUGUGGACUCACAGCUUAGAGUUGUGAGCACCGGUUUCACUUCCACAAGAAGAUAGUCGUCGCACAGCAGAGUAUAGCAGAGCAUAAACGACCCGGAGAGCAGCUCUGUAGAAUAACUACUUUUAUUCUAUCUACAACUGUUAUACAAACUAUAUACAGAGCUAAAUGGAGACGCUGGACUGCACUGAGUGUCUGCAGCUGCUCUUAGCAGCAACCUUAUCUAUACAGAGAUAACACUCUCUCUCUCUAACACUCAGUCUCUCUCUGAGACUUUGAUGUGAGGCUGGAGCAGAAUAAGUAGUGAGCAGAAACCGCCCUCCUCCUGUCUGGAGAAUCAGCAGAGAACAUCAGCAGAUUCUUGGAAUGGGAGGGGUGAAAUCUCCUCAAGGUGUUGAAAUUUUGGGAGGUUGGAUAGUUACAAUGGAAUGGUCUUCAGUGGUGGGGUGCACAUGUUUAUUCUUAUUUAUUUAUGAUUAUUACUUUGUCAAUCAUCAUCAUCAUCAUCAUCAUAAAUAGAAGCACGGCUGCCGUCAGCUGCAAAGGCAGAGCAAAGCCAUUGUGGCUAAUAGCCAUCGAUAGCCCUCUCUUCCUUCGUGAAUUUGUCCGAUACUGGCCAUUACAUCCUCUUGUCAGAAGGUUUUUCACUAGUUUUAACCAUGUGCUGCGUGAAGAAGUAUGUCUAUUUUAAAAUCUGCCCUAACCUUCUAGGAGGGAGCAGGGCUAAUCCCUGGGACUUGUGGGGGAACAGAGAAAGAAGGCAGUGCGCUUGGACAUGUGCAGAGGGCAUUUCCACAGGCACAACUAGGCUCUGCUCAUCUGAAGCCCAAACGAGAUGCUUUUGAGGGGUGGUCUGGGUCUGUGCGUUAAACCACAGAGCCUAGGACUUGCUGAUCAGAAGGUCGCCGGUUCGAAUCCCCGCGACGGGUGAGCUCCCGUUGUUCAGUCCCUGCUCCUGCCAGCCUAGCAGUUCAAAAGCACGUCAAAGUGCAAGUACAGUGGUGCCUCGCAAGACGAAAUUAAUCCGUUCCGCGAGUGUCUUCGUCUAGCGGUUUUUUCGUCUUGCGAAGCAACCCUAUUAGCGGCUUAACGGAAUAGCGCUAUUAGCGGUUUAGCGGCUAUUAAAGGCUUAUCGGCUUAGCGGAUUAGCUGCUAAAAGGCUAUUAAAGGCUUAGCGGCUUAGAUAAAGGGGGGGGGAAGCGAAAAAAAAAUCUCAAGACUCGCAAGACAUUUUCGUCUUGCAAAGCAAGCCCAUAGGGAAAUUCGUCCUGCGAAGCAACUCAAAAACGGAAAACCCUUUCGUCUAGUGGGUUUUCCGUCUUCCGAGGCAUUCGUCUUGCGGGGCACUACUGUAGAUAAAUAGGUACCGCUCCGGCGGGAAGGUAAACAGUGUUUCCGUGUGCUGCUCUGGUUCGCCAGAAGCGGCUUAGUCAUGCUGGCCACAUGACCCGGAAGCUCUCCCGGCCAAUAAAGUGAGAUGACCACCGCAACCCCAAAGUCGGUCAAGACUGGACCUAAUGGUUAGGGGUCCCUUUACCUUUACCUGGGUCUAGAUUGGCCCUGAGAUUUGGGGGACGGGGGGAACGGGACGAUCUUCUGCCUGCCUCCACUGCCAGUGGCAGUGAAGGCCUCUGAACAUGGCUGUCAACCUUCCCUUUUUUUGCGGGAAAUUCCCUUAUUCCAGCGCCGUUUCCCGCUGCUAUCCCGGAUUGUUAGAUAUCCCGUAGACUGUCCCCGGGACAGGUGAGGCUGCUGAUCCCUUAUUUUCAAAUCUGAAAGUUGACAGCUAUGCCUCUGAAUGCCAGUGGCUAGGAACUGCAAGUAAGGAGGCAGUCUCAGGUCUCGCUUCCAGGUCUCCCAUAAUGAGCAACUGGCCAGCCACUGGGAGGACAGGAUUAUGGGAUGUGGUGUGGGGGGGCUCCUUUGGGCCUGAUCCAAACAACUGGUCUCUCAUUAUGUUCUUAGGACUCAGAAAGUUUGGCUUCCCAGCAGUUCUUUAGCCAUGGUUCCUGCAUUGUUUUGACCUUUAAAGCCCUAUGUGGCCCAGGACCCUCGUACCUACGGGACCGCCUCUCCUGGUCUGCCCCGCGGAGGACCUUAAGGUCCACAAAUAACAACACUUUGGAGGUCCUGAGCCGCAAGGUGGUUAGAUUGAUCUCAACUAGGGCCAGGGCCUUUUCAGUACUGGCCCCGACUUGGUGGAACGCUCUGCCACAAGAGACCAGGGCUCUGCGGGACUUGACAUCUUUCUGCAGGGCCUGCAAGACGGAGCUGUUCCGCCUGGCCUUUGGUUUGGACUCAGUCUGACCCUUAUGUUUCCCUCCCCUUAUGGUCUUGAUCUAUGGGCUACUUUUAAAAUGAGGCUGCAUUUUAAACUGCAUUUUAACCUGUAUUUUAAAUUGGGUUUUUUUCCCUCCCUCUCUUUCCCCCCUAUUAUGCUUUUACUGUGAUUUUAUUUUAUUGGUGUUAGCCGCCCUGAGCCUGGUUCUGGCUGGGGAGGGCGGGAUAUAAAUAAAAUUUAUUAUUAUUAUUAUUAUUAUUAUUAUUAUUAUUAUUGCAUGGGGUUGGACUAGAGGACCUUUGGGGUUCCCCAACGCUACAGUUCUACGAUUCUGCGAGGUUCCACACACUGAUCUGUGGCAUCUUUUGCUCUCCUCAGGAGAUCCUCAGCUACAUCAAUCGCAAGGAGUUUGAGCCGCUCCUCAGGGUGGAUCAGCUCAACCUAGAGAAGGAAAAGCACAAGAUCUUCCUGCGAUUUAGUGAGUGGCUGAUCCCUCUCCCCUCAACCCGCCCUGCCCCGCUUUCCCCUCCUUCUCCAACUAUAGGAGUUGUGUGUUGCAGCCGCCGUUCUCCAUCUCAGCUUUGGGUGAUGAGCUAAGGGUCCCAGAUUGUUUCAAAUAACUCCCUUUUUAAAAGAAGGUUGGCUAGCAUCCGUAACAGUAGAAGGCACAGCCUGUGGAACUCCUUGCCACAGGAUGGGUGGGGUGGGAGGAACAAGCUGAAGCGUGGUGUUGCCUCUUGAGAUAAAAGGGCUAUGUUAGUAAUAGGGAAUAACACUCAUUAUCUAAAUAGCUUUUCGAACAUUUUUGAUAUACAUUAUCUCAGUAACUUUUGCAGUCGCCCUGCCAAGUAAGCCAGCCGCAUUCUCCUCCUCCUGCCAGCGAAGGACGAGGAGGUUCAGGCCUGAGCUGAGCUUUGAACCUGCAACUUCACGCCUCAUCGUUACUAAUUUAGAAAAUUCAAAUGGCAGCCUCUUAAAGCGUCGGGUGGAAGUUUAAAAUCAUGUAACAACCAUAAUGCAAUAGUCACCCACAGGAAGAUAAGUGCAACAUAAAACAAAAGCAGCAGAACCUCUGCAUUCAUGUGUCACAAUAAACUAUGGACAAUUGUGACUUGGAGACCCCUCACCUGAGCUUUCGCUUUCCCCUCUUCUGCUGUGGCAUCAAGGAGACUGGAAGCUUUUGCUUUCUAUUAAACGUAGCUCAGUAUCAUGUCUGAGCACGACGUGGUGAAUGCCAGCCUUUGUUUGUUGAACCAUGGUUAAGGCUAGCCAUGGUUUGCUGGGUUUGUGCAGCAGCCGGUCUCUGGUUUGUCUUCCGCUUUCCCCAGGUGAGGAGGAGAUCACCUUCCCCCCCACGUACCGCUACGAGAGGGGCUCCCGGGACACCUACGUCUGGCAUAAACAGAAGCCCACUGGGGUAGGUGCUGCCGGCCCGAGAGGGGAAGGGCGAAGUUGGGACGAGGGGGUUGGCCACAAAUGGGAGGGGGGUGGGCAGAAAUGCUUGGUUGCUGUGUAGGGGGGGAGGCAGAGUUCAGCUUGCAGCCUGUCCCAGGGAACAUCGGAAGCUGCCUCCUACUGAGCCAGACCCUUGGCCCAUCCUGCUCCAUACUGCCUGCACUGACUGGCAGCAGUGGCUCUCCGGGGUUUCUUGCUGGGAUCUCUCCCAGACCUACUCUGGGAUUGAACCCCGGGAAUCUUCUGCUUGAGUGCAGAUUGUUUAGUCAGAGAAGUGUCAAAAGCAAAGAGCGGAUGGUGGGGCUUUCUGCGUUCAAGAGUUUCCUUUCAAACCCUGAUUCUUGUUCCCAGGUGCGGACAAACGUUCCCUCCUGGUGCGACCGCAUCCUCUGGAAGUCCUAUCCCGAAACCCACAUCAAUAGCAACUCCUACGGUGAGUUCUCUGCCAUGCUUCUGAAAACCAGCUGCUGGAAACCACAGGAGGGGAAAAGAUGCUCUUGUGGUCGAAUCCUGCUUGCUGGUUCCCCAUGGGAGCAACUGGUCAGCCCCUGUAAGAACAGGAUGCCAGACUAGAUAAGCCAUUGGCCUGAUCCGGAAGAGUUCUCCUGACGCUCUUACCCUUCUUUGUCAGGAUGCACGGACGACAUUGUGAGCAGCGACCACUCCCCUGUCUUCGGGGCAUUUGAAGUUGGAGUCACGUCCCAGUUUGUUUCCAAGAAAGGUACUGGGGAAUUGCGAGUGCGUGCGUGCGCUUGAACGGAGAGGGGUUGAGACGGCACAGGUGUAGAGCUGUAGAACUGCAGAGUUGGAAGACACCCCCAAGGGUCGGGUAGUGCAGGAAUCUCAGCUAAAAACAUCCCAUAAUACAGUCAUACCUCAUGUUACAUCCGCUUCAUGUUACGUUCUUUGAGGUUACGUCCUGCAGCGAACCGGAAGUACCGGAAAGGGUUACUUCCGGGUUUCGCCGCUUGCACAUGCGCAGAAGCGCAAAAUGACAUCAUGCGCAGAAGCGGCGAAUCGCAACCCAUGCAUGCGCAGACGCACCACUGUGGGUUGCACUCUUUUCAUGUUGCGAACGGGCCUCUGGAACGGAUCCCGUCUGGAACGGAUCCCGUUCGCAACCAGGUGUACCACUGUAAAGAUAUAAUAAUAAUAAUUUAUUAUUUAUACUCCACCCAUCUGGCUGGGUUUCCCCAGCCACUCUUAGUGGCUCCUAAGAGCCACUAACACCAAUAACAAUAAUAAAAAAGCAACAACAUCAAACAUUAAAAUCUUCCCAAUACAGGGCUGCCUUCAGAUGUCUUCUAAAAGUCAGAUAGUUGUUUAUUUCCUUGACAUCUGAAGGGCAGGUGCCACCACCGUGAAGGCCCUCUGCCUGGUUCCCUGUAACCUCACUUCUCGCAGUGAGGGAACCGCCAGAAGGCCCUCGGAGCUGGACCUCUGUGUCCGGGCAGAAUGAUGGGGAUGGAGACGCUCCUUCAGGUAUACUGAAGAGGUCCAGCCUCUUGAAUCCAGUCCGCAUUUCCCACUGGUUCUUCGUGGUUUGGCCUCCCGAGGGAGGGGACCUGUCCAAGGUGUCCCCCUCCAACGCAUCCCACCCUCCCUCUCUCCUCCCACCCUCCAGGUCUCUCUAAAUCUUCAGACCAGGCCUACAUAGAGUUCGAGAGCGUUGAAGCAAUUGUGAAGACGGCCAGCAGGACCAAAUUCUUCAUAGAGUUCUACUCUGCCUGCCUAGAAGGUGUGUGUGUGUGCGUUUUUGGGGGGUGUUUGUGGAAAUAGCCACCCUGGCUGGGGCUGACCCUUAACUUCUGUUAAGACUAGUGUAAUUUGCUCUACGUGGGGCUGCCCUUGAAGCUGUCCCAGAAACUCCAGCGGGUGCAGCGAGGCUCCUCAGGGGGUCUCUGCCAUGGGAGCAUAUUCACCCAGUGCUCUACCAGUUGCACUGGCUCCCGGUGGAGUAUCGGGUCAGAUUUAAGGUGCUGGCUUUGACCUCCUGGUCAGCCCCGCAGAGGAACUUAAGGUCCAUGAAUAACCAUAGUUUAGAGGUCCCGGGCCCUAAAGAAGUCAGACUAUCCUCCACCAGGGCCAGGGCCUUCUCAGUGAUGGCUCCGACCUGGUGGAAUGCUCUGUCCCAUGAGACUAGGGCCCUGCAGGAUUUAUCCUCCUUCCGUUGGGCCUGUAAGACAGAGCUAUUCCGCCUGGCUUUCAAUUUGAAUUCAGCCUGAUCUUUUAUUCCCCUUCCUUCCCUCCCCUUUUUAUGACGAUUCCCCACUCUGGGAUCCCACAGCUAAUUCUCCCCUGGUCUCCUCGCUGGCCCAAGUAGGACUAAUUUAGCCUGCUAGCCCUGGUGAUCAUCGAAUGCUUAUUGGAUGGCUUUCCCCCCUAAAUUGAUUUUUGAAUUCUGAAUUUAACGUUAUUCACGUUUUAUACUGUAUUUUAUGCUGUUUUUUGUUGUAUCAAUUGUUUUAAAUUUGUUGUUGGCCGCCCUGAGCCCGGUUUUUUGAAGGGCAGGGUAUAAAGAAAAAAUUAUUAUUAUUAUUAUUAUUAUUAUUAUUAUUAUUAUUAUUAACUUUCAACCCCCUCCCCCAGAAUUCAAGAAGAGCUUUGAGAACGAUUCGCAGAGCAGCGACAACAUCAACUUCUUGAAAGUGCAGUGGUCGUCCCGGCAGCUGCCGACGGUGAGGCGACACUUCCUCCUCUUUCCCCCAUGCCCUCCUGCCAACGUCUGACAGUUUGGGGGCGCAGAAGGUCCUUGAGCUGUAAGAGGCAGAGAGGGACCCCAGGGGCCUAUCGGAAGUGGGGCGGGGGGGGAGAGGAGCCUCUCCUGAGAGGUGCACUCCAUCUGGUCACCGGUAUUGUGCAAAUACCGCUGGUGCCUACUUGAAAUCCAUUGGAGGCGCAUUCCAAGGGGCAGGUGCCACCACACUAAAGGCCCUGCUGUUAGUGGCCUUAAGAUAUGGUUACCAGAUUUUUUUCAGUUGAAUCCAGGGACACUUUUAUUUUAUUUUAUGGAAGCUGAGUCAGUAGUGGGGAUGGUGAGGCAAAAGACCCUGGGCCCAAGCACACAUGCAUAUUGUAUAAAGGUGCCAAGCGCUUCUUCCGCCCGCAGUGAAACAUAAAUGCACAGUUUUUAAAAAACUGGGCAACGACCACCUGCCUGCGACUCCCUCAAUCAGUCCAAACAAAGGGGGAAGGUGCAGGAGAUCGCACAAGACACAUCCUAUGCGCACAAGACGCAUCAUAUGGGGACUUCCGGCGAGGAAAAAUGGCUGGUGCCACAGCAGCGAGCAGCUCCUGAAGCCAGCCAGAGCCAACUGCGCUACCAGGCUGCCUCCGGGCUGCUGAGACUGCCGCUGCCAAGGGGGAACCAGGGACAGAUUUGCAAAUCUGGGGACAUUCCGGGCACGGAAUUUGUCCGGGGACAGAUUUGGAGAUCCGGGGACUGUCCCCAGGAACCGGGGACAUCUGGAAACCCUACCUUAAGACACCCCUCUGGAGCAAACAGAGCCACUAAGUGUGUCUCCUCUUGAGAUUCAAAGGGGCACACAAAGUAAACCUGCUCCAAAUAUUUGGUGCGUUGACGCUCCCAUUGGCCUCGACUUAUCUCCUCUCGUUCUUCUGCCUGCAGCUCAAGCCCAUCCUCUCCGACAUUGAAUACCUCCAAGACCAGCACAUCCUCUUGACGGUCAAAUCUCUGGAUGGCUACGAGUCCUAUGGUAAGGAGCUGGGGAGUUCCUGGAGGUGGUGGUGGGGGGGAACCAGGUGCGUGGCAGAACCAGGCAUGCUGGACCUAGAACUGGACUUGCGUGGCAGUCUUGACGGGAAGGCGGGACUUCAGAGUGUAGCUCUGCAGGAUUGCAGUCGCUGUUUUGCUAUCCGCUUGCAGAUUGAAUCAGUUCGCCGGUUUCAAGACUCAUAGAAUCAUAAUCAUAAUAAUUUAUAAUAUUAAUUUAUUAUUUAUACCCCGCCCAUCUAGCUGGGUUUCCGCAGGCGCUCUGUUUGGCUCCCAUCAUCCUCAUCAUCAUCAAGCAAUAAAACAUCAGUCAUUAAUACCUUCCCUAAACAGGGCUGCCGUCAGAUGUCUUCUAAAAGUCAGAUAGUUGUUUAUUUCCUUGACAUCUGAUAGGAGGGCGUUCCACAGGGCGGGCGCCACCACCGAGAAGGCCCUCUGCCUGGUUCCCUGUAACUUGGCUUCUCGCAGGGAGGGAACAGCCAGAAGGCCCUCGGCACUGGACCUCAGUGUCCGGGGUAGAGACACUCCUUCAGUUAUACUGCGCCAAGGCCGUUUAUGUGGGAAGGUCUACUUUAGCAGGGUUAAAAAAUCCCCUUUAUAAGUUUAUGCAGCGACCAGUUUGUUGCUGACUUGUCUGAGUUCUACUAAUAAAAACGCUGUCCUGGUUAAAAAUCCCUUUGAAUCCCUCUUAAAGAAUACACACACGAAUCUGAUUCAUGUUAAUAUAAAACUGUUUUACUCUCAGAUUCAUUCAGGUUUACAGAACUGUUCCUGAAAGCAGGCUUAGGUUACAUAACAAACAAAUAAACUAUAGCAGAGGGAAGUUGGUCCUGAGGUGACUGCAACUGGCUUAGGGCCCUCGUACCUAGUUUAGAGGUCCCGGGCCCUAAGGAAAUCAGAUUAUCCUCCGUCAGGGCCUUUUCAGUGAUGGCUCUGACCUGGUGGAAUGCUCUGUCCCAGGAGAACCAGGGCCCUGCAGGAUUUAACCUCCUUCCGUCGGGCCUGUAAGACAGAGCUAUUCUGCCUGGCCUUUAAUUUGAAUUCAGCCUGAUCUUUUAUUUCCCUUCUCUUCCCUCCCCUUUUAUGAAGCCCACCCGCUCUGAGACCCCAAAGCCCAUUUUCCCCAUGCCUCCUCGCUGGCCCAAGUAGGACCAAUUCAGCCAGCUAGCCCUAAUGCUUCCCCCCUCUAAAAGGCAAGGUGGGGGGGCUAGGCUGCUUCUGCCGCGGCAAUUGGGCUGGACCUCUUUUGCCCCUCGCCCCAUGCCCUGACCCACCCUGCCUCUCCUUCCCCACGCAGGCGAGUGUGUCAUUGGCCUCAAGUCCAUGAUUGGCAGCACUGCCCAGCAGUUCCUCACCUACCUGUCCCACCGUGGCGAGGAGACGGGCAACAUCCGUGGCUCCAUGAAGGUGCGGGUCCCAGCGGAGCGGAUGGGGACCCGUGAGAGGCUCUACGGUGAGGAGGAGCAGGAGAGGGAGGGGGCUGCCAGCACAAGGGCGGGGGGGUUGCGAUGGGGGCACCCUUGGCUCUCCACAGUGUGCCCAGCUAAGGUGGGUUUUUAUUUUAUGGGUUUUUCUUUUUUUAAAAAUAAUAAUAAUAUUUAUUAAUAAUUUCAGAAUUACAGAAAAAAAGAGAAAAAAUAAAAACAACAACACUACAAUGCAUAAAAAGGGAAAAAACACAAAACAUAAAAACCAAUACAACAAUACAGCAAAAUCCCAUAUUACAUAUCUUUAACUUCCAUUUGCUUGUUUCGUUGACCUCCUCACACCUCCCUUUUUGUAUUCUAGUUUAGUUAGUUAUUUCAGCAAAUUCUUUCCAUCUUUCUCAAUUUUUAUUAAAUAAUUUAUCUUAACAAUUUAACCUAUUAAUUAACUCAACAGAUCCUUUCCAUCUUUCCCCAUAUUCUGUUAUUCAAAUUACCUUAAUUUAUUUAACCUUAUCUUACCAUAAAAUACCUUAAAGCUUGAAACUUAAUACACAGUUAUACAUAACUCCUGAUAUCAUUUCUACUAGAGUCAUAUAGUUUCAUUCCAACAUUUUCCCUAAUAUUCAUUAAUUUUAGGCUAAUUCCCUAAAUAAAAAAUUUUUCUUUAUAAAUUUUCUUCCAAUCUUACUCCAACGUCUUUUCUUCCUGGUCUCGGGUCGUGUCAGUCCUUACUGUCCAUUCCAUCUAGUCCAUCAACCUAGAAGUCUUAUGUCCAAGGCCCUUAAGUCUCUUCCAUGUCCCUUCUGCAGAUCUUCUUCUUCUUGUUUAUACUUGCACUUUUCCUUGUCUUUUGUUGGUCUCUUUCUUAAUUUCUUUCCUUUCUCAUUGAGGAGUAGGUCUCUGGGGGGUUCCAACCCAAAAUUAUCUCCGUCUCCCUUCAUCAAACCAGCCCAUUCCCACAGUCCCACUCCCCACAGUCAUCAAUAUAAUCCAAAAAAUGUUUACGAGCAUAUUUCGAAGUCUCUCCAAAGUUAAGAGCCUCCUCAGCUCCAGACUCCCCCUGGCCCACUCCAACUUCAAUCUUCAAAAACAGCGGCUUAUGCUCCUGUAGGGCCUUGGGCCUCUCCAUUUGUAUUAUUUGAGGUGCAACCGCAGCCUCCUCCAUUAUCUUCUGCACUUGCCCAAUCAAUACAGGUUCCUGAGUUGGACCCUGGAUGGUUUCUGUAUCACUAUUCACUAAUUGUCCACAGUUAUUGGCCACAACAGUCAUCAAAUCCAUUUUCUCAUUCAUCAAGUCCAUCUUCUCGUGCAUCUGUUCCAACAAAGCAUUUGUCUUGCAUAAAGCAAGCACCAAAACUUCCUUCCAGCUCAUAUUUAGUCAAGGUCAAAAGGACUAAUCCCACGAUCUUAAUCUCACAGCUGUGGAUUCCUCAAGUAGACUGCAGCAACAAUUUAGCAAGCUCCUCUAGAGGAGACAAUUUCUAUUUGUAUCCAUCUUUUUAAGACAAGUCCAACAAAGGAAAAUUACUUUCAUUUUUCAGAUAUUUUGUUUCUUUAGAAUGCAAAAGGCAACAUUGGAAUCAGUUUAUUUCUCUUCUUUAGCUAUCUGUCAAAGUAUUCCAUUCACAGUCAAUGAACCUCUCCAACAAUUUCUGUCUCUGACACCCCGUUCCCAGGUUAGAGACGGUGGAAGCUUAUCUUUCUUCACUCCCUCUCCUGCAGGCAUUACACAAAGUCCCCCCCCCUUUUCUCCUGCUUCCAAGGGGGUUUCAGUAGUUAUAAAUGAAGGAAAUUUAGGCUUUUUUAACGACUUUCCAGGCUUUAGCUUACAAGGUUUUUGCUUCAGUCUAUAUACAAAAAGCGGAAGGCGGACUUCCUGUUUUGAACCUUCCCGCUUCGAUGUCAAAUUAAGAUAUUUCUUGAUCCAAUUUUCCGUUUCUACUCACGGGUACUUGUUUUAAAUCCAAUUGUCCACAGGAAAAAGUCAGCGCUCUCUGGCGAUGGCUGUGCGGCUUCACUCCGUGAAAGUAGCAGUCAGUUUGCAGCACCGCGCCGCUCACCCCACUUCACUCCGGAAUCCCAAAAAGGGGUUCCCCGUGAGUAGGGGGGCGCUCCUGGUGCCCUGCCGAACCCCACGUUCCCAGGCUUCCUCCGCCUGGGAUUUCUAGCGGGUCCCCACCUUCGCCGCGGUGGGAAGACCCAGUUUCCACGGAGCUAGUUCCUCCGGUCGGAGGAACUCCGCCAUUCGCCAAUGGCGCUAACCCGGAAGUCCUAUUUUCUGGGUUUUUCUGUGCUGCAAAGCACCUUGGGACCUUCCACUGAAGACGAUGCUGAUCAUAACAGUAAUUUAUUAUUAUUUAUUCCAUCUAAAUCAGACUGGCAAAAUAAAAUAAGAGAGUACACUGAACUGGCAAGACUAUCAGCGAGGCUGCGAGACAUUAACUGAUGAAAAAUUUGUCAGAGAGUAGGACGUAUACAGAGUCUGUGUAAAAGAACAUUGUCAAAAUAUUAAUCUGCUGGCAGGUUUUGAUUGAACUUCGGUGUGCAAAUAGGAUAUUAUAAAAUAAAUUUUAUAGUAAGCUAAAUAACAUGGAGGAAAGGAACUUAAGAGUCCGUAUUUAAGGAAUUUAAUUCGGGAACACAAUGGGAAGAUUGAAGGUCAUGUUAAAUUUAAUUACAAGUUGAUGUACAAGGCAAGUUAUCAGUUAAGGAAUGAAUGAUUGUUUAUUUUUGUUCUUCUGUUUUGUUUUCAACGUCCAUUGAACAUUUCUGUUAUAAAGUUUUUAACCAAUAAAGCAUUUAAUAAUAAUAAAAAAAGAAAACGAUGCUGAUAAUAACAGUAAUUUGUUAUAAUUUAUUGCAUCUAUAUCCCCUAAGGAGCGCCUGUGGCUCACCCCCUUCCUCAUUUAAUCCCCCACGACAACCCUGGGGGGUAGGCCAGGCUGAGAGGCAGAGACUGGCCCCCAAGGUCACCCACUGACCUUCGUGGGGAUUUGAGCCCUGACCUCUCCCAGGUCCCGGCCCAGAACUCUAACCACUACGCAACGCUGCUGGCGAUGAGCGUGAAAUGCGCUAGAUGGCGAUGAACGUAAUGUUGUUCUGCUGGGUGGGUCAACCUCUAAAGCAGAGGGUGGGGAACCUCCAUCCCACAGGCCAAUCCUGGCCCCACUGGCAGGGAUGCCCCCGAAUGAGAGGGCUUUAAAAGAAGAUGGGACAGAUUCAGGGAAGGAGAGAGCUGUUAGCCAAGAUGCCUCUGCUCCUCUGCCUCCACAGUUGGAGGCAGCGAUGCUUCUGAAUAGCAGUUUCUAGAAAACUCAGCAGAGGAGAGUUGCUCUGUGUUUGAAUCCUCCUUGCAGGUUUCCAACCGGCAUCUGGUUUGCCGCUGAGAGAACAGGAUCCUGGACUAAGAUGGUUCACUGGGCUGGACCAGCAGGCUCUUCUUAGCGUUCUUCAAUUUUAUCAGCCUUGUGCAAAUCCCGAUUUUAUUCCGAUUUGGAGAAAUGUAGUUUCCUUGAUCUACUGCAAGGCGGAUAGGUCCACCUCAGGGUUGGAUCCGCACUCAGAGCCUGUUCCCCUUCCCUUCCCACAGAAUGGAUCAGCAUCGAUAAGGACGAGACGGGAGCCGCCAAAGGGAAACUUCAGCCGGUAGCAACGCGGACCAACCUUGACUACACCAAGUAAGACUCUGGGAGCGGGGCCACCGCCUUGAAGCAGUCUGGAGGGAAGAGGGGCAACUUCCAGGACAGGAACUGCAGUGGCUAGGCAAGAUCAAAGAAGCAGAGCAAAACCGCUCUCCUUUUAAAAAGCAAAACCUGAUGGCCUGCCUCCAUUUCUUCCCAGUUUCCUUGAAAGGCAAAGACUGGACUGGGGGUGCUGUGCAUUUAUUUGUUUAUUGCAUUUACAUUUCGCCUUUUCCUCCUUGGAGCUCAGUUUGGCGUAUGUGGUUCUCCCCCCUCCUUCUCUAAUCCCCGCAACAAAUCCUGCGAGGCAGGCUAGGCAGCAACUGGCCCAGUGAGCUUCAUGGCCACGUGGGGGAUUUGAACCCUGCUCUCCCAGGUCCUAGUCCGACACUCUAACCACUGCGCCACACUGCCACAUUUUUAAGAGGCUUGGGUGCUCAGCUUCCUAAGGGUGCCAUUGCAUGCAAUUGCCAUACAGUGGUACCUCAGGUUAAGUACUUAAUUCAUUCCGGAGGUCCGUUCUUAACCUGAAACUGUUCUUAACCUGAAGCACCACUUUAGCUAUUGCGGCCUCCUGCUGCUGCCGCGCCGCCGGAGCACAAUUUCUGUUCUCAUCCUGAAGCAAAGUGCUUAACCUGAAGCACUAUUUCUGGGUUAGCAGAGUCUGUAAACUGAAGCGUAUGUAACCUGAAGUGUACGUAACCUGAAGCGGAUGUAACCCGAGGUACCACUGUAUUAAGUAAACCACUCGGAGAUAUUUUUGGAUAGGUAUCCAGUCUUGCUGAACAAUAAAAUAAAAGCCGGUGUUGACCAGCUUUUUGCUGUUCCGCUCAGGCCCUGCGUGUGGGGCUCCCACAGGGGCCCCUGUUCGGCCCCUGUGGCCCUUUAGUCUGACCUAGCAGCUAGAAAUGCUUACGUUCUUCACGUUCCUCAGGAGUGUGGUAAGGAAAGAGAUUCAGGCAGCCUCCUGGGCCUAAAGGCCUCAUCGUUGUGCCUUCUCAAACCUUUCCAUCCGCUAGAUCUGUGGGGCGCAAACAUUCCCCUGGGGAUGCCCCGGCAAUGGCCGCCUGCCCCGUUGGGAAGCUCUUAGACGAUCUGGAGAAGCCCAGCACCCAGACAGCCAGCCGCCCGCCGGCUCCCCAUCGCGGCACCUCCAGAGACGAGGCGUCCCAGGGCAGGUGAGUGACCUGCGAAUGGAUCGUGGAAUCAUAGUAAAUGUUGGGUCUUUAGGAAAGGGGUGAACCCAACCCAGCAAGGGAAGCGAAUUAAGUCGCUGGCAGUGUCCCACAUUGACCAAGGACUCGCACCUGGUCCUCAGCAGCUAAUGUGGCUACCUGCCCAUUAUCACGGUUGGGGAUGCCGGUGGCGCUGUGGUCUAAACCACUGAGCCUCUUGGGCUUGCCGAUCAGAAGGUUGGUGGUUCGAAUCCCCGCGAGGGGGUGAGCUCCCGUUGUUCGGUCCCUGCUCCUGCCAACCUAGCAGUUUAAAAGCAGACCAGUUCAAGUAGAUAAAUAGGUACCGCUCCAGCAGGAAGGUAAACGGCGUUUCCGUGCGCUCUGCUUUCCAUCACGGUGUUCUGUUGUGCCAGAAGCGGUUUAGUCAUGCUGGCCACAUGACCCAGAAAGCUGUCUGUGGACAAACGCCGGCUCCUUCAGCCUGAAGUGAGAUGAACGCUGUCAGAAUGUUGUGGGUAACAGGAGAGGAUAUCUUGAUUAAUAGUAUCCUUUCUAACUCUCUUAAGAAUCUCUUAAGUUCUAUUAUUCCUGUUAAGACCCCUUUGAUUCCCUCCUUAAAAGAUUAAAGAAACAACAGUCUUAUUCAUAAGUAACAAAAAGAAGUUUACUCACGAUCAGGCAGAGCACAGUGUGAUUGAUCCCUGAAGGCAGGCUUUAGGCUUAAAGUUACAAAUAUGUAGAAACAGGUUAACCCCGUAUGGAAGAUAACCCAGGGACUGCUGGCUGAGAGUGCGGUCCAGGUGAAGCAGGAAGCAGGCAGGACGAAAAGAGAAGGAAAGGGAAGAUGGCUACGUGACUUGGCCUUUUACCAGGUCUGGAAAGGUCGUGCCCACCUACUGGUCACAUGCAAAGGAAGGAUGCUCCAGCCAGGAGGAACAGGAAGUUCAACUGGCUGGACCAACAUCUCCUGCAUAUCCACUCUAGGCAAACAAGGAAUGUUGUACUUGACUGCUCCAGUGGAUUACAUUCCACAAACGCAGCACCCCAUAGUCACCUUUGACUGGACUCAACCAUCCAGGGGUCCUUUACCUUUUACCUUUUGUUGUCACGGUGCAAAGUGAUUCCUUUGGUCCAAGGAGACUCCUGCAUUGCAGGGGGUUGGACGAAAUGACCCUCGAGAUCCCUCCCAUUCUACGUUUUAUGUGAUACGACUUAAGCUCAAAAAUGUCUUGUUCGUCUUGUUCCUAAUUGCCUCGGCUGUCCCUCCUGUUUCCUGCCCAGGCCCAGGCCAGACGCCCCCCCAGAUCCCGACGGGCCCCCCCUGAAGAACAGCUUCAACAACCCGGCCUACUACGUCCUGGAGGGGGUCCCGCACCAGCUGCUGGUCUCGGAUCUGCCCUCGGCAACGGCGGCCAAGCCCCCCGCCCCCAGGAACAAAGUCCAGAUCACGGUGCCCAUCCAGGCUGAGCACCGGCGGCCGCAGCAGCCCCCCUGCCGGGCGGAGGAGAGCUCGGAGGAGGAGGAGCAAGGGGUCCUCAACCUGCCGCCCCCCGACUUCCCGCCACCCCCCUUGCCCAAGUUGGUGGAGUUUGACGUCUCCGGGGACUCCUUCUACACACCUGGGGCGACCCGGGUGGAAGAGCACGGAGCCAGCAAGGCCCGAGCGACUGUGGCCUUCAGCGAGCCCCUGGAGGCCAAACCCCCCAAGGUGCACCCCAGGCCGGCUCCAUCCCUGGGGCCAGGGUUCCUGAUGGAGCCCCCCAAUGCCCCCCAGGGGCCCGGGGGUCCCCUGGACGACCGCUCCUGCUCCGUCCUCCAGAUGGCCAAGACCCUCAGCGAGGUGGACUAUGCCGGCGGCAGCAACGGCGGCGCGCUGGGCAGGGAGCAGUCGGGGCGGCCCCCGGCGCACCCCCUGACCAAAGUGAGACUGGAUCUGCCCCACCACCGGUGCCUGCACCCCGACUACAGCCGCCCCAUCGCCUUCCCGCCACGGUCCAUUCGUGAGAGCAUCGAGGAAGACCUGGCAGAAGAGGUACGCUCUGGGGGUGGGGAGGAGGGAAAGAGGGAGGAAGGACCUCCCCGCCAAAUGGGGGGUGCGCUGUGCCCAUUGGGGAAUCAAAGUGAGUGGGAGAGGGGUGGAGUCCUUGGGAAAUAGAGCUGCAACUUGCAGAAUCCACUUUUGUCUUUGGAAACGGGGAUGGAAGAGCAAGCAGAAUUUGGGUGAGGGUCGGGAGAGGCAGCUCUGGGGAGUUUGGGAAGGGGGUGUCAGCCCCUCUGGCCAGCAAGACCCAAAUUGCCCCAGAUGUUCUUCACCCCUGGACCCAAAGCAAAGUGGGGAAAUCUCCAGGACUGACAGGGUUUGAAGAUCUCAUCAGGAUCAAUAUUUGCCUGCACUGAAUUUCUGCCCUUCCUUUCCACAAGGCGCUUGCGAUUCCGUAAAACCUCGUGUGCAUCUCUCUUUCUCUUUCCCUCCCUUUCUGUAAAAGCAUUUUGAUACCACUUAAUAUUUCAGAAGUCUCCAAGGGGCUGUCUAAAAACAAACUAAACAAUGUAAUUAAAACUUGAAACAAAAACACAUCCUAAAACCAGUGUAAGGUAAAGGGACCUCUGACCAUUAGGUCCAGUCACGAAUGACUCUGGGGUUGUGGUGCUCAUCUUGCUUUACUGGCCGAGGGAGCCGGCGUACAGCUUCCGGGUCAUGUGGCCAGCAUGACUAAGCCGCUUUUGGCGAACCAGAGCAGCGCACGGAAAAACCGUUUACCUUCCCGCCGAAGUUGUGCCUAUUUAUCUACUUGCACUUUGACGUGCUUUCCAACUGCUAGGUUGGCAGGAGCAGGGACCAAGCAACGGGAGCUCAUCCAGUCACGGGGAUUCGAACCGCCGACCUUCUGAUCGGCAAGCCCUAGGCUCUGUGGGUUAACCCACAGCACCACCCGCGUCCAAAACCAGUGUAGGCAUGGACAAAUAAGAGAAACAAUGGAGCGUGCCUCCGAGGUUGAACUCAAACCGCUGGAGAAUCACAGCGCCUGCUGUGGCCGCAGAAACCGGAAUCUUAUACCUGCUGCCUCCUGUGUUGUUUUUGCUGACCUCCCCAGGGUGCAAGUUUGGGCAGUGGGUCUGGAGGUCCUGGGCUGCCCAGACAACAAGACCUCGCUCUCGGCCUCCAAUCACCUGCAGCUCCAUGAGACAGCCCUUGAGAUAUGUGAAGAUUGCUAUGCUGUCUCCUCUUGUCUAAGCUAAACAUACCCAGCUCCUUCAACCGUUCCUCCCAGAACUUGGCUUGCAGGCCCUCCAUCCUCUAGUUGCCCUCCUCUGCCCACCUUCCAGCUUGUCAGUUUCCUUUGUCUGAUGUGUCUGUCCCUCUGCCGCCCCUCAGACCCUUAGCCAGGACGGCCGCAGCAGCUCCAGGCAGAGUGAGUCCAGUGUGGGCGAGUGGCUGAGAGCGAUUGGCAUGGAGAAAUACGAAGAGGGCUUGAUCCACAACGGCUGGGACGACCUGGAGUUCCUCAGGUGAGUCUCCCUUCCUUAUAAUAAAUAAUAAUAACUUUUAUUUAUACCCCGCCCUCCCCAGCCAAGACCGGGCUCAGGGCGGCUAACACCCGAUAUAAAACAAAUUGAUUGAAAUGCAACUUAAAAACAAGAUUAAAAGAUAACAUUAAAACAUUAAAAUAUUAAAAUACAGCCUCAUUUCAAUGGAAACUCAAAUCAAAAACUUUUUUGGGGAUGAAAACGUCAAGUCUUCACCAAGGCCAACUAUCCAGACUGGUCCUACGUGGGCCAGAAAAGAAGCCAGGGAAGUCCCCAAAUAGGAGUUCCAUCACAGGAGGGGAAAGGAAAAAGGAAAGAGGGGGAGGGGAUCAAGUUGAUUCCAAGCCAAAGGCCAUGCGGAACAACUCUGUCUUACAGGCCCUGUGGAAAGAAAUCAGAUCCUGCAGGGCCCUGGUCUCAUGAGACAGAGCGUUCCACCAGGCCGGAGCCAGUGCUGAAAAGGCCCUGGCUCUGGUUGAGGCUAAUCUGACUUCCUUAGUGCCUGGGACCUCCAAAGUGGACCUUAAGGUCCUCCGUGGGGCAUACCGGGAGAGAGCCACUGGCCUGACCCUGCAGGCUCUUCUUGUGUUUUUGUGUUCAAGGGUUUGGCAAACUGUCUUCGUUGAAGAGAUCUUGCAUAAACUACAUUUCUCCAGCUAUAAAUAUCAAUUCAAAGUGCUGGUGCUGACCUUGAAAGCCCUAAACAGCCUCGGCCCUGUAUACUUAAAGGAGUGUCUGCCACCCUCAUUGUCCAGCCUGGAAACUGAGGUCCAGCGCCGAGGGCCUUCUGGCAGUUCCCUCACUGUGAGAAGUGAGGUUACAGGGCCUUCCCAGUAGCGGCACCCACCUUGUGGAAAGCCCUCCCACCAGAUGCCAAGGAGAUAAAUAGCUACCUGACUUUUAGAAGACCCCUCAAGGCAGCCCUGUUAUCAAGAUGGUUUUAAUGUGUGAUGUUCAGUUGUGUUGUAUACCCUGUUGGAAGCUGCCCAGAGUGACUGGGACAACCCAGUCAGACGGGCAGGAUACAAAAAUUGAUUGAUUGAUUGAUUGAUUGAUUGUUAUUAUUAGUAUCAAAUGGCAGAGCUCGAUGGACCACUUUUUUUGCUAUGUAGUAUGAUUUCACUCCUUACACAAAUAUUGAGGCAUGUGGUCACUGAGUAUCAUAGUUAUAGUCUGAGCCAAGGGCCUGGGAAAGCCUUUGAGGGUGGAUCAGGUCUGGGGGAAAGGACUUUUGGAGGCGACUAAGGGCUUAAAUGGGACGCGGGUGGCUCUAUGGGUUAACCCACAGAGCCUAGGGCUUGCCGAUCAGAAGGUUGGCGGUUCGAAUCCCCGCGACGGGGUGAGCUCCCAUUGUUCAGUCCCAGCUCCUGCCAACCUAGCAGUUCGAAAGCAUGUCAGAGUGCAAGUAGAUAAAUAGGUAUCGUUCUGGCGGGAAGGUAAGCAGCGUUUCCGUGCGCUGCUCUGGUUCACCAGAAGCGGCUUAGUCAUGCUGGCCACAUGACCCGGAAGCUGUACGCCGGCUCCCUCGGCCAAUAAAGCGAGAUGAGCGCUGCAACCCCAGAGUCGUUCGCGACUGGACCUAACGGUCAGGGGUCCCUUUACCUUUAAGGGCUUAAAGGCGUCAUUCCUCUGGGCAGAGAUAAUACCUUGGUAGAAAGGGAGGAUGGAAACAGAGGUGCAGGGUUAGGAGUGGAGAGAAAUGAGGCCUGGGAGCUUGAGGUUAGCAUCAAAUGUGAGAAAACCCCUGGAGGGAUAUCAGAAGAGGAGGGGUCCCAGCCAUGGGGGUGGGAGGGGGUGUCAGCAUCAGUGGGUGUGCUUUCUCAGGUGCUGCAGAGCAUUAUUUUGGCCACCGGGGGGCACUCGUUCCCCACUCUGUGCAGCAUCCGUUCCCUACAGGAGAGCUUGGAGGAAAUUCCUUCCAGCCCAAAGUUGGACCAUCUUUCUCAGUGACAGCCAGAGCAUGAACCACUCUGGCGAGACAGUCUGCGGGCAGGGAGGGUCUCAGCCGGCGUACCAGAUGGAGCUGGUAGACAGGUGGUUCAUAUGGGGAGAAGCUCCUGCCUAGGGGGGCCCUUGAGUCAUGAGUCAGGGGGUCCUCCGACCUUUCUCCGGGAUGGCAUCUUGGGGCGCAGUCCACCGAACCUCCUGGUUUCUGAGCCCUGAAUCUCUUUCUCUGCUCCCUGCAGCGACAUCACCGACGAGGACUUGGAAGAAGCUGGCGUGAUAGACCCCAAGCACAAGCACCUUGUCCUUGAGAGCCUGAGGCUCAGGAAGUAGCAGGAAUCUCCCUGCCCCCCCCCAGGACCCCCCUCCUUCCUUCCUUCCUUCCUUCUGGUUUUGAGCCCCUUCUCCUUCUCGCCCACCCUGUGCCACGUGUGAGAUGUCGGGGCGGCUGGCAGAGCAUCACGGAGCAGGUCUCCCCUCCUCCAGCCCCCCGGAGGGGAGGGACGAUGGCAGAGCCAGACGGACACCCCAAAGGUGUCCCUGAGACUUGGAGCCGACUGUGAGGUUGCCGAAGACCCAGCGCUGGCGCUUCCACGCCCCUCCUUGGCUCCUGCAAGGAUCGGGACCCUCUUAGGUGGGGAACGGGGAAGCGCAAGUGGUCCAGGCUAAGCAUUUCAGAUCAGCACCCUUAAACGCCCCUCCCCUCCUCUUUCUCUCCCCCUCCACCCACAACCCCUUUCCUCCUCCUCUCUGUGCUGCUGGUUAAAUUAUUCUUAUUUAUUACAGCGAAAGAAGGAUCCUUGCUUUUUUGUUUUGUUUUGCUCUUCCUUUCAGAGAACCACGUUUUCCCCUCUCCUGCCCUCAAUGUGCCUCUGGACCAACUCUGGUUUAUCGGGCGGGAGUUCCUGAAAUGGGCGGGGGGUGGAUGGUGUGGGGACAAAUCUGCCGGCUGUGUUCUGCUCUGCUGGUGGGUCUUGGCUUUGUGUCUCUCUCUGACCCAGGAACUGCUUUCGGGAGCCUUUCAGAUUGACUCUGGCCUCCUUGCUGUCUAGGCCCGGCUUUCUCUGGGGCAAUGCAAACGGAGAUCUCUCCUUGCCCCGGAAUCCCUCCAGAAGCCUUGGGGAAUUAUUUUUGCCGCCCAAGGGACGUUCCAGCCCUGGGUUGCUUCCCAGAAAGGAUCUGCGUCACGCUCUUGUUGCAUCGUCCCGCUUGGAAAGGCGUCUCCUUCCCGUGACCAGCCUUCAGUGGGGCGGUGGGGAGCCCUCCCUCUUCUUCCUCUCAAGGCUGUUUAUUGCCUCCCAAGAAAUAUUAUGCAACCUUCAGGGGCUCACCGGGCAGCCCAAGGUGUUUGCUCACGUGCCUCUUGCUUUUCUAAGCGUUCAGCCUUAAACAGAUCCCACCUGCAGCUCUUCGCACAGUGUCUGAACAGCCCCGUGAACGACAAUCUGCAAAAUAACCUCAGGUAGCCCCAAACGUCUGAGCAAGGCCAGAGCUGUAGCUUGGGGGGUGGGGGGGCAACUAGCCAGGUUUUUUGCCCCAGAUGAAGCCUCCAGAGGGUCGGCGUUGAGGCCCCCAGCCUGUGUGCGCAUGCAAAUGUGCACAGGGGUGUGUGCCAAACUUGAGUCUUUGACCCGGGUGAAAUGAAAGCCUCGCUUUGCCCCUGGCAAGAAAGUCUGCCGGGCAAAUCCUGCAGGGGUGCUUUGCGGAGAUUGCGAAGCUCAUUCAAACGCAGGGGCCAGGUAAGCAAGCAGCUCCCCAGAGCAGCCAAUCAAGUGGAGCCAGCCAAUGGGGGCACAUGGGAUGCCUCUGCAAGGCGGGACAAAUGCAGAACGGCUCACCUCUGCUGCUAGAGAGAGAGGUGCGAGAUCAGUCUAUCUGGGGCAGUGUUUCUCAAACUCGGUUCCCCAGCUGGCCUUAGACUACAACUCCCAUCGUCCCUAGCUAGCAGGACCAGUAGGCAGGGAUGAUGGGAGUUGUAGUCCAGCCCAUAGCUGUCAACUUUUCCCUUUUCUUGCGAGGAAUCCUAUUCGGAAUAAGGGAAUUUCUCUUUAAAAAAAGGGAAAAGUUGACAGCUAUGGUCCAGCCACAGCUGGGGACCCAAGUCUGAGAAACACUGCUCUGGGGAGCGGCUCCCACGCUUCUCCCCGCCGCACGGUUUGUGUCUUGAUCAGGUCAGCAGGCGAGAGUUCCUGGCUGUGCCCCUGCGUGUAUUGGUUGGGGCUGGAGUCUACCUCAGCAGCCCCUGCCGCCUUUCUUCCCAGGGGUCCCUCCUUUGCAGACCUUGAAGACACACGCGUGACCCGGGGUGUACAAGUGAGAUGUUGUCCUCCUCACUUUUCCCCUGAGCCCGGCGUCUUUUACCAGAGUCAGCUGUUCCCACGAAGUUUCCUUGUUUUGCUUACUCUUUGUCCUUGAUCCGAGGAAGGCGGCUCACGCGAUGCCUUUCUCCCGUACGGAUGCAAACCUCGGUGCCUGCACGGAGACCGUUCCUUAGAUCCAGGGCGGGGACCUGGAUCUUGACAGUAAGAGAGACUUGCAGAAGUCAGGAAGCAAGUUCUGGGUUCCAGCCUCAGCUUCUGCUCAACCUUCCCCCUUGGGUAAUUGCUCUAAUACCCCAGUGCCUUACUUUAUAAUAUUGUUGGUGAGGGAGCUCUCCUACGUUCAGGAGGUUUCAAGGAAACCGCUUUGCCAGAGACCGUCUGGGACAUUUUCACACCUCGGCAAAGGAGCAGCUCUCUGAAAUUAAAAUGAAGGAUCUCUCUCUGUGUGUGUUUUGUUCCUCCUGCAAAAUUUGCUCCCAGGUGUGGGUUCAGUUAUCAUUAUUUUCAUUAUUAGCGUUUGGUGUGAGUUCUAACCCUACUAAAUUCUACUGUGCCGUAUUUUAUAGAUGUACUUCUUGUUGUUUUAAUGUUUUAAUUUAAUUGUCGUUUGGGACACUUUGUAUACGCUUACUGUUUCAUGGGCUGAACCAGGAAUCGCGAUGAUUUGCCCUCGUCCCCCCCAAAAAACAAACCCCUGUGUUUGCAUUUCAUGUCCUUAGUUUGCCACUGCCUCCAUCCUGACACAAUAAAAGGGCUUGUUUGCUUAAAGAA